GCCGUUUGGAGCUCUCGCGAGACUUGGCGGCCCCACUCUGCUCCCCCUUCCUCCCUCCUCCCCGCCGGCUGCGCUCCUCCCCUUUCCUCCUCCCUCCCCUCCUCUCUCUCUUGCGCCGCCGCCGCCCCCGCCGGAUCUGUCUGUGUCUCUGCGUGAGGGGAGGGGGGGCCUGUUCGGCCCUGCGCACUGAGCGAUGUUUGGCCGCCAUCGCGGCGGAGAAGGAGGAGGAGGCGCAGGAGGCUGAGGGAGCCGCCACCGCCGCCGCCGCGUACAGACGGCCACUUGGGCCUGCCUCGCCUCAACCUCGCCUCUCCGCCCGCCCUCGGAGUGAAGGUCGCCGCCGCCUGAGGGGGGCUUCUCCCCGGCCCCGUUUCCCUCUCCCCGCCCCUCAGGAAAGGGGGGCUCCGCUCCCGCCGGGCCCGAAGAUGUCGAACCUGAGCAAGGGGACCGGCAGCCGGAAGGACACCAAGAUGCGGAUCCGAGCCUUCCCGGUGAGUGAGGGAGCGAGAGGGACGUCGCGGCGCCGGGCCGGGACCGGGGCCUGGCAGCGAGACGAGCCGCCGGCCGCGGCCUUGCGUGCAAGGGAGCCCCGUCUCUUCGUCGCCCGACCUGGCUUGUCACAGGGGCGUCUGUGGGGCGGCGGAGGGAGCGGGCCGCGGGCACUGAGGGGAGGCCCUCCGGGGAGCCCCUCAGGAGAGGCUGUCAGCGGGCGGGGAGCCCAAGUUCCCGUCCCACGAAAGGGAGAGGCAGGUUAGAGGGCCCGGCGGCCCCCCCGCCGCCGCCCCAGGAAAGGGGCUCUGGGGAGAUCGCGGCUUUUCCUUCGGGCCCUUGACAAUGGCCUGCCUAGUACAGCGCCUGUUAUUUAAAUAUUAAUAAUAAUAAUGAUGACAAUAAAUUGCGUGAAGGUCUUAACAACACACAUAUACACACACACACUCGCCCGAAGAGUCCAACGUCAUACUUGUUCUGUAUCAACUUCAAACUUGUUGUGUUUUGUUUUUUUUUGUCUCGCCAGUAUCAAUAAAUGAAGCUGAAUAUUGUAAGGAUUUUGACACCGGACAGUUUUUAUGACAUUCCCCCCCCCCCCCCGUGGGGUUGUCAUAAGGGGAGGGAGCAUUUUCGAGGUGAUUUGUACCGUAAAUUACCUCAUAUCUUUCCUGACCGAUAGUUGUUUGAGCUGAAGAUUGAAAGCCAAUGGACACCCAAGAUGAAGGCCUGGGUUUGUUUGUUUUUUGUAACGUGUAAAGUUUUUGUUUUGUUUCUGACUUGCUGAUUGCCAAAGUACUGGAGUGUUUAUACACAUACAUAUAUGCUUAAAAGGAGAUGUUUGGUUGUAUGUUUUUUAGGCUUGAGCAAAAGUUUUUGUUGCGUUUGAGUCAGGAAACUAGUGGCAAAUAAUUGUUGCCUUCACAAAGAAACUGGCUCUACCUGUUUAUGUGAAUGAACUAACAACUGUCACCGUCAGCAUUUGAUCAACCUGCAGUUCCAUUCUCAAAAUUAAACUUGUAUUUAUAUAUUUUAAGUUAUUACUGCCCAAUCCUAUUUACUCAGAAGCCCAAUUGAAACCAUUAGCGUUUUCUUCCAAGUCAGCAUAGUUAGAUUAGGAAAAUUAACUCUGACAAAGAGCAACAAAACUUGCUUAUUAUAUAUUUACCCUCUUUUUCAGCUAAGAUUGACUCCCUGAAUGACAAUGUAAUAGAUUCUGAAGAUAAAGAGAUCUGUGUUUUUAAAUAAAGUGCUGUGUUCUUAGGAGCUGUUGAAAGUACAACAUGUUAGUCAAGUUAAUUUUGAAAUGUCUUAAAGUUAGUUUUGGCUGCCUGAAUAGCAGUGGGAGAUGCUAUCAUGAUAAUCAACAAUGACAGUUGCUUACAGUGUUUUACAAUUAUUCUCUAAGUAAAACAUAUAUUACAAGUGUUUCUUGAAGCCUUUUAAAUUUGGAUGAUGAGAUUUAUGCAUCAAACACUUGGUUGUAUAUGGGAGUUGAACAGAUUGAGAGAAACAAAGUUUGCAGUCAGGGUAAACAUUUUUCAUUUUCCUUUCUUGCAGAUGAGCCUAUAAAAUGUUAGUGGGUGAAGAAUGUUCACACAGCCUUCUCACACAAAGUAGAACAUUGUUUCCCCUGUAAAAGUGUUUUUUGUUAGCAGUUGUCAUAAUUGUGGCUCAUUCUAGAAAUAUAUUUUAAAAUAGCUAUAUUUAAUGCCUACUUAGUUGGGAGGGUACAUAGACAUCAUGAGCUGCAGAUAAUUAAAAUAACCAUUGUUAAAGCAAACUAACAGUAGUCUUCAACAUUUUUGGACCUGGGACCAGCCUUUAACUCAAAGAUGUAUUUGGGGACCCAUUUUCUUUGUAUUUUCCCCCUUACUACAUAUGUGUGUUUGUGCAUGUUUUUAUAUGUAUGUAUUGUGGUAGUGCUGCAUUUGCACCCUACCUUGGAUCAGACUGAUCUGGAACUGAGUACAACCCACCAGUUGGAGCUGAUUUCUAGACAGGUUUAUUAUAUACAGUGGUACCUUGGUUUAAGAACAGCUUAGUUUAUGAACAACUUGGAUUAAGAACACUGCAAACCUGGAAGUAGCCGAACAUGUUCCGCUUCCUGUUUAGUGUGUUCCAUUUGUAAAUUGAGUCCCUCACUGCUAUGGGAAAGUACACCUUGGUUUAAGAACGCUUUGGUUUAAGAACAGACUUCCGGAAAGGAUUAAGUUCGUAAACCGAGGUACUACUGUAUAUAUAAACUGCCGUUCUUUACCAUCCCACUUCCAGCAGCAGCAAAACAAAGCAAAAACAACAAAACCUUGUGUUUUUUCCUUGAGGCAUACCUUUUCGUGUUUUGGCCUGGGAGGGGGAGCAUAUUUUUAACUCAGCUCUUUAGAAUACAGUGGUACCUCAGGUUACAUACGCUUCAGGUUACAUACGCUUCAGGUUACACACUCCGCUAACCCAGAAAUAGUGUUUCAGGUUAAGAACUUUGCUUCAGGAUAAGAACAGAAAUCGUGCUCUGGCGGCGCGGCGGCAGCAGGAGGCCCCAUUAGCUAAAGUGGUGCUUCAGGUUAAGAACAGUUUCAGGUUAAGAACGGACCUCUGGAACGAAUUAAGUACUUAACCCGAGGUACCACUGUAUCGUGGGGAAGGGUUGCAUCUAAGUAAUUUGACCGAAGGCUGUCAGUAGGCGAGAAGUCACUGAGCUACCGAUAGAAGCAAAGAUCUUCAGUACAUGGGUACCAAGCACGGUGCAACUUAUUCAGCAAAAAAGCAGCAUUAGAAAAUCAAGAGGAAUGACAAAAAGAUAGAUGCCCACAAUUCAAAGUUGAAUUAUGGGGAUAAUUAACCACGAUCUACACUAGUUUAUACAUAAAGUAUGUACAAUGUAGUAUUGAUCACAUGCUGAGACAGCCUUACUUAGUCCAUAUAUUGACCUUGGAUUGGGUUGAUGAAAGUUUUGAAUUUGUGCUGGUGGGUUGUAAAAUUUUGUGGACAGAAUUAAUUGUUGCAUAAGUAGACUUGCAUUUGUGCCUUAACCUUCCUUCCCCUUAAAUAACACCUCCAACCUGUUCCCAAAAUCCACUCCAGAAGGCCUUCUAGCCUUCUGUUCUACUUGUGCACAAACAGCAUACAACCCUGUGAGAGACCCCUAAUAAAAUCUGAUGGGUUACACUUAAUGACCUAUAAAGUGCUUUCUAACUUUAUCAUUCAUAGGGGAACACACUGAGAGAAAGCAUAUUUUUCUUUGGGAGUUAAGGGAUCAACUGACCUAAGUUCAAUAUAGUAAUUGAACAGGUCCUUAUAUUGAUCACAAUAUCUGCUUUUUAAUUCAGUGCCUGUUAUGUGAUCUUAAUGUCUGUUAAAUGUCACAUGAAGUAAAGUAGGAUAUAGAUGUAAUAAAUAAAAGUUCUUUUGCUCCAACAGAAAUUUGGAUAGAUUCUGAAAACCUCUCCCCUAUAGCAAAGCAAUGCAGUCUCAGUUUAGGAAAUGGUGGGGGCAACAUCCAACUGUCCUUCUACCAAGAGUGAUCUUGGUGUCCUAGCUCAGUUUCCCAACCUUUUCCUGACCAUGGCCCUCUUCUGACCUUGUUUCCUUCCUGUGGCCCCCCAUGGGUGUAGCCGGGGGGGGGCAGGGGCAGUUGCCCCCUUCAAUAAAAAUCAAUAUAAAUAUGAUGUUCACCCCCCCCCCAACAAAAGCCUGCCCCCCUAACAAAAUCCUGGCUAUGCCCAUGCCCCCCUCAUCCUACUGGUAGAAAGGUAUCUAUUUAAAUGUUUUGUUUGUAAACAGAACAUGUUUUAUUUAUAAUUUUUAUUAUUUAUACAAAAUACAAUUACAUAAAAUGAUAGGAACAUAAUGAAAUAUUGUUGAAGCAGAAAAACAUAGAAUAAUGGAGCUGGAAGGGGCCCCAAGGGUCAUCUUUCUAGUAUAACACCAUGCAAUGUAAGGAAACUCAGCUAAAGCAUCCAUUACAGAUGGCCAUCCAAUCUCUGCUUAGAAACCUCCAAGGAAGGAGAGUGCAGAACCUCCUGAGGAAGAUCCAUCUUCCAUGUAGUAUAAAAAGUAAACAACACUUCUCUGACCUCAGUUAUUUGACACAGAGGAGAAAACCUACAGAUAAAAGUCCAAAAGGCAUGCAGGGAGUUCUGUAUAUAGGAGAAUUUUAAAAAGCAAGUUCUCCUCGCUGACCUGGUGCAAAAAGAUAUUGUCAUCUGGAGGAGCACUGGCUGCCUAGAUAAAACACUAUCCCCUGCACACCCUUACCUGGGAAUAAGGCCCACUGAAUUCAGUCCAACUUUCUUCUGAGUAGACACUUAGUUAUUUACUAGAUGCAAGUCAGCAGUACCAGAUGACUCCACUUGGCUAGGCGCUGGGGUGGAUUGCACCCUGCAUCUUGCAGAGUCAGGCCCAGGCUGUCACCAGGCCCAGCACUGGCAGAAGCAACAAGCAGCUCCGGCUCACCCAUUGCCACACCACCACUGCACUUACCUGACCUGGGGAUUUUGGAUUGCGGGCUCUACUGGUCAAAAUUGGAGCCUCAGUGAUCGCCCCCUCUCGCCGGAAACAAUCCAGGACUUAUCCAAGAAAACACACAUGGCAAAAAGGAGCUCUAGGCCCUGGUGGGCCAACCCCUUACCCACUUGUGAUUGGCGAAGAACUUUUUUUCUUUUUUAAAAAAGGUUUCCCCCUCCUUCACUUCUCACAUUCCCUUCUGGCCUCCUAGCCUCGUGGUGUGUCGUCCGUCCCCCCCCCCCCCACGAUUUUCACCUGUGGGCCCCUUGGACUAUCCUGGCCCCUGGUUGGGAAACACUGCCCUAGGUGAUGGUUAAACCUAGCCAUACUUGUUUGUUUCCCCCUUGCCUGCCUCUGCAUAGGCUCCUUAUGUGGUGCUUUUCUACAAGCUUUCCUUCUGCACCCACCUCAGGCAGAGACUUUAGUGACAGUGGUAACUUUUCCCUGUAGGGCAGGGAUUGCUAACCUGGUGCCUGCUGCCAACAGAUGCUUUUACCAGUGCCCUAGGGCAGAGGCCUCAGACUCUGUGAAAUGGGAGUCAGUGUGAGGUGGCCACCUUGUAUUUUUUUUCCUGGUGCUGAGGAUUGCUUCCUGUUGCUAUUGGACAGAGACUGUAUCAGUGUGUUUGUAAAAAAGUAAUAUUGUGUGAUCUCCACAGUAAGGAUUAGCAGGACAUAGAUGGCUUCCCAUAGUAAACAUAAGGAUGUCAUGGGUGGUGAUCUCCUAUUGUGUGUUAUGCCAUGCUCCCCAUGGCAGCCAUUUUGUGUUAUACCACAACUUCACCCCAGCAGUUGAUUUGUUAUGGGAACCCUCAUCACUCUUUCAAAAUUCAAAAGUUGUCCUCUGGUCCAAAAAAGUUGGUGAUUCCUGCUAUAGGGAGUGGCCAAGUCAGACAGCAAUAGAUAUAGGUAUAUUGUUUAAGUUGAAGACUUUGUGUCUUACUUAAAUAUUUUGUAAACAAGGACACUGCAAAAUAUUGCAGAUUGGUGUAAACAUAUUUUAUGCAGCAGUCCUACUAGAAGGUGACAAUUCUGUUUUUGAGCCCAUUGUUCACUGCCUAAUCCCUUUCAGCCUCUUUCUUUGUGAGGUACCCAGUAGCCUACUUCAGGAGAUAUAUUUGUAGUUGGUUUCACAUUUUUGUUUGAAUAAUGAUGCAUUCUCUGUUUGAUAGAGGUGGUGGCCAAUUCAUCUAAAUGAAAUUUCAGAAAGUGUUUGUUGAGUUUCCCAGUUGGUAAGUGAUGCAACCUUGCAAUUCUGAACCCCACAUCUGGCCGGAGGGAGUUAGAAAGAAAUAACAAUGGCUCUUCAGUAGGGAAGAGCUUCGCCAGCAGAGACACAUAAUCUGCCAUUGAGGGACCCUGCUAUGCCUUCAUAUACUUAGAUCUACCACUGGCGGUCUUUCUACCAGUGGUAGCAGGCAUAAGGCCCCAAAAUGGGAGUUUCUGGGACAGGACAUAGGCAGCCUUGGAUUCAAGGUUCUUUCAUUCAUUCGAGAGGCCCUAAAUUGGAUCCUGUAUGUCUGGUAUUGGUGUAACUAUUUCACACACACUAACAGAUCAAAAGAGAGGUAAGUCCACCCCCCCUUCUGUUCUGGCUGGUGUGUUUGUUGGCAGGAUUUUAGAAGUGCUGAUAGAUUCUGGAACUUUGCACACAUCCCCAUCACAUUUAUGGUUGAACUCCUAGUCACAAGCCUUGUAUUUUACUUGCUUGUUAUAGUGGUGGGGGCAAGACUUCAGUGUGCAGUAGGAGGGUAUUUUUGUUGCAAUUAUUAUUGUGCUGUCUUGGGGUGGGUUACAACAAUUUAAAAAUACAAGAUUGAAAUAUGUUAAAGCAAAUUGCUGUUGAUAGAAUAGGUGGGUCUUAAAAAUAGAGUUCUGUUUGAAGCAUGUUGUCAUUAUAACACUCAAUCCUGUGCUCAGUCUGGCAUUUUGUCCAAUUACAUAAUGCAUCUGUAAUAAGGAUUGACAAAAGGUGCUUUCAACUGCUUUCAAAAAUCUCCAUACUAAAAAAAAUCACUUAUUUUAUUUCAGAGUUGUCUGUUUUUCAAGAACUUUUCCCAUUUGUUAUAAUUGAAACUAUAAAAUUGUGCUAAGCUAUAUGUGGUGAGGCAGUCAAGUAUGUUUGCAUACCUGCUCCAUUCACAGGAAGCAAGAAGGUCUACUUUUUACUCCCGCAAAAUGUAGAUGCCAGGAAUCAAACUUCCUACACACUGCUGUUUGGAGAACUUGUCACGGGCCUGGCUCACAUUGGAGCCAAGCUUGGAGAAAAGAGCCUGAAGGGAUGCAGGGUUCAGGAUAUAAGGUAUGGGAGGAGGUAGAGUUCAGCUGCUUUCAGCUAUAAACUUUUUGCUGGAAAAUGUAGAUUCUUAUCACCAUACAUUAAGGCAAUGGAUGUAAAGAAAUUUUUUUGUUCCUGUCAUGUCUUGUGUGGCCCUUAACAGGAGCCCACAAAUCCUAGUUUACCUUAGUAGGUCACAUGCGUGGAGGUGUAAUCCUUGACAUUGCACUGUACCCUGAGGACCAGGAAAAUUAUCUGCUGCCCUUUCCAGCUUCAAACUUGCCACAGUGGAGGAAAGAGUUGUUCCCACUUCAGGCCCCUUGGAAGCACAAUCUAACAAGCACAAGUUCUAGCCCUCCUCUUGGGCUUGGAGUUGGAGCUGAAUAGGGGAUUGUCCUUGCAAUUGCAUUGUUUUUUAGCGGGCCUCUGGUAUAGCACAAAUGUGGAGAUAACUUCUCCCCUCCCCACAUCCCCAGCUUUAAACUCAAGAGAGUUUAAACUCAAGGGGUUUGUGUAUGUUGCAUUGUGCUUACAAGAACUCAUCAUGGUAAUUGGAAUUGUGGACCCUUGGCAAGCCUCAAAUUAAAUAUAUAAAAUCCGUUUUCAUUACCAUUAUUUCUCAGUUAUCAAUAAACCUAAAACAUUGAUAAUGAAAUUAUGGCUUUGGGGUUGAAGAAAUCUUAAUAAGUAUAACGUUGAUCAUCUGCAUGUCCAGAGAUCUAUACCCAAGCACGCUCUUCCUGAUUCCUGCUAUGGAAGUACAUGUACUUUAUUUGUAUCUUAGUGUUUGGUUUAUAUCCAUUUCUGUGGUGGGAAGCAAGAAAAUACUUCACAUGUAUUACUUUUAUUUAGAAAAGCCAAUAGCAGUCUCUGUGCAAAGCCAAAAAGCAAACUUUGCGUCCUUGAAAUAUUUCAUCUUGCUAUGGGUUUUUGAUAAGUUAGGGGGCUAUAUUUGGAAAUAUAAAGCUAGUGUAGGUGCUGAAGUUAUCAAAGUCUUCCUAAACUUAUUUUAAGGAUUAUAGAGAAGUCCUGAAUCCUAAGUUUAAUGAAGAGUAACAGAACAAUGAAGAACACAAAAAUUAGAAUGACACCUCAUAAUUAGGGAUUCUAAUAGUGAAGACAAACAUAAGUGUGAUGGAACUCGUUGAAAUGCAUAUUUACUGCCAUGAAGAGAAAUGUGUUUUUACAGCAGUAAAUGUUUGUUCAAACAAUUUACAGCAAAAUUAAAAUAUUACAUCUGUUUUUACUGUAAGAACAGGGUGAACAGUAAAUACAAUGUUACAGUUUAGGAUCAUAUUUUUGACAAAUUCAGAGUUUAAUAACCAGUUGGAAGGCAAAGAGAAAUUUUAAAAUGGAGUUUAGUUUUGAAAAGGCAUAAAUAUAUUUAUUUAAUAUGAGCAUAUCAACACAGGAGAGAAACAUAUGCACAACUUCUGGCUUAUGUGUUACCUUUAUCACACUUGACAGUUUCUCCAUGCUCCAUCACAACAUGUAGCAGUGGCUAUCAUAUGAUUUUUUCACAUUUAAAAAAGCGUUUCUACAUGAGCUCCACCUGUUCCUAAUAAUAGCAGGUGUUGGCAGUGGCAUGGAAAGACUUCAUACCAGAAAACCAUAUGAUUAGUCAUACUGCAUGUUACAGCAGUAACAUGCAAAAGCUGAUAAUUGGUGAUAAUUUACAACUUUCCUCUUCAUGAAAAAUGUAAUGUCUGGACUGGCUCCAGAAUGUAACUAACAACUAAUGAAAAACCACAGUAAGGUUUUAUAAGUAUAUCUGAAGAAACUCAAAGAAAUUGAAUUGACAGUUACCCUCAACAGGAAAAAUGACAGAAUUUAUGGAGACUGGGGUACUUCAUAUUUACAGAGAAUGGAGCCUUGCUUAGAUAUAGAACACCAAUGAAGGCAAGGCAAAAAUCCUUGUCAGGAUAUCAGGAAAGUGUGUUUAAGAAUUCUUGGAUAAUCUAGUCAUUCAAAUGAUGACAAUCUGAUUACAUUAGUUAAUUAGUAUUGGACUCCAGAAUUCAUGAGACAGUUGUACAGUCAUAGGAGACUAAAGAGCAAAUGGCACUAAUGUCUUAAAAACAAAAACGAAAAAACUUGGUUUAGUGUCUGUGCUUGAAAAGUGAUGAAACAAAUAAACUUGUAAGUUCUCAUGAGAAUGUGGAAUAUUACCUGUCAGCAUGGCAUUAUUGAUUAAGAAAUUUGCAUACCAACCUAAGAUGUACUACCCUAGUUUCCUUCUUGAGUUUAAUAGACUAGAACAGGAUUUUCCACACUUGUGUUUCCAGCUGUUUUUGGACUACAACUACAACAACUGAGCUAGUAAGAUUAGUGGUCAGGGAUGAUGGAAACAGUAGUCCAAAAAUAGCUGGAGACCCAAGUUUGGGAAACCCUGGACUAGAGGAAAACAGCAAAGUUUCGGAUGUGGUCUCAUGUGAUACUUUGAUUCAGGAGCAGUUGUUGAACAAGGUGCCGCUAAAGAGCUUGUCUCCAGAGCCACGUUUGAUUCAGUGGAGAGAGUAGGUGAUAUUUUUUCCUGAUUCCUGUCUGUAGCCACCUGAAUCAGCUUUAGAGAGCUGGGGGACCCUUCAGAGCAGCAUGCAAGGUGUAUUGGGGUCAGAGGUGGGAACUGGUGAAAAUAAUCUCCCCCUCUUCUUCUGUUAGUGGAUGUAUCUGCAGGUUCAAAACUCCAUCUCUCUCGGUAUGUUAGCAGCUCUUUGGGAUCUCAGGUUGAGGACUUUCUUGUUAGCCUGCUAUAUGAUCCCUUUUAACUGAAGGCAUCAAGGAUUGAAUCUGGGUCCUUUUGCAUGCAGAGCAUAUCCUACAUUGCUAAGGACAUUGGUUCCUCUUUAAUGUGCUGAAUCUGCUCUCUUGGAGUUUUGAUUUUUUACAGUGAUUUCCUUACAAUGCCAUAUAAAGUUUUCACAUACACUAUGAGCCAAAACAUGUGAGUGAUGGUGACACUUUGAUCUUUAUAAUAGUAGUGUGUCAUCACUUCAAGAUUUGUUAGAGAUUUCCUCUAAUACAAGCACUGAAAUGCUCAGACAUUUAAGAAAGUUGCCGAUAUAUGGUUUCGGAUGGAAGCUUGUGUGCUCCCUCUCUCUUUCUUAUUUGCCAAGUGUUGAAGUCUCUUAUUUGUAGACUCCUUUUUAAAGUGUCAGAAAUGUCUGGGGUUCUGAGCUUCUUUGAAUACAUUAAGAUUAAAUAUUGCUUAAAAAAUGGCAAAAUGAUUAGUUUGACUGUAGGCCUAUACUCACCUGGGACUAAGCACCACUGAACUUACUGGUACUUACUUCUGAGAGGUAUGUGUAAAACUGCAGUGCUAAAGCAACAUCUAAAAUAUUGAUAAGGAUAACAUGAGUUACAUGCCAGGAUACAUAAUUCUCAUUGAAAUAAACAUAUAGGGUUGUUUCCAACACUGCUGUUCCACUAGUGCAGCAGAUUUAUAUUUCCACAAUGGAACUUAGUUGUUCUUUUCCCUUGAGUACCCCCAUGCACCCUCAAAAUUUGAUCCAGAGGGCUGAAGAAGCCUCCAGAGCUGAUUUUUUGGUGUACAGGAAGAGGAUGUGCACAGUCCUGGAUACAAGCUUAUGUAUAUGUUCUUUCAUUUUACAGUGAGGAAAUUUUGAAGAAAGACAAUAUAAAUGGUAGACACUUGCAUUUCUAAGCAGUUACACCAUUUGCAGUGUUUUGUGGCUCACUCAGCAUACCUGAAUCUUCCAUGUACAUCACCGAAAAUAAUAUAGUCUGCACUGAACUUGGAGGGGGGGGGGUAGAUGAAGAAACCUUGUGGUGGAAUCUGGUUGCAAGAAAUGUUUGAAUUUCUUUAAGAGAUAGCUCAACAUUCUAAUGACAUCACAGACUACUCUUGUGCCCCUUGGUAACCACAUUAGAACAUUGAGUUUGUGUGUGUGGUGAAUAAAUGAAGGCAGUUUUUGUAAAACUAUUUAAAAUACUUGAAAAUAAUCCUUUCAAAGGAUUCUUAGAAAAGCGUUAUAAAGAAAACACUUCAGAGGUAACAGUGUAUUAUAAAUCCUUCACUUGAGAAAGAAACUUGUAGUCAAUGUGAGGUAUUGCAUAUUGCCUACAAAGCAAAACAGAAUUUUGCAGAAGUGUUCCAUGAUCUGUUCACUGGUGUGCUGUGUUGCCAAUUGAUUUCAGAGGCCUCUGAACUUCGUUUUUGUGGUAGUACAGUUUCUCCAAGUUACUUGCAUGUAUUUCGGCAGUGGUGGUGGUAGGAUGUCCUGUACGUAGCUGCUGGGCUUCUGAAGGUAAUGCAUGGCUAUGGGAAAAAUUAAACUUAAAAUCCAUCUUUUCCAGGGUUUGAUACCCCUAUUAUUUGGCCAGGAAUAUACUGGCUUUCUAUAGUGAUGUUGAUGAGGCUUAACCUAAGUGAAUGACCAUACCUUAUAGUGCUUUUGAAAGUGUUGGUUAGUAGACAACCAGGGUGCAUAUUUCCCAACUCAUUGAGAGAAAGUGGUAUACUUUCAGUUAUAAUUUUAAUUAAGCACCAGCCUCGUUUUAUUCAGAAAUGAGAUGCUUUAUUGAAGCAGAUGAUAAAAUCAAUGUUGAGUACUGAUAAAAGGAGAAACUUUAGACUGAUUGCCUGUAAUGUUACCAUGUCUGUACAUUGGUCAAUGCUAGUGAAUUUAGAAGAGGUGAGAAUGGUGAAAUGUGAACUGACUUCUCAUGUAGCAGGCGGUAUGUGCAUGUGCUACAACAGUAAAAGUUUAGGAAAAGGAAAUUUUCAGAAUCUUUUUUAAAAAUGCAAUUCUCUCUCUCUUAAAGCACUCUUCACAUUUUGGAAGUUGCUUGUUAUUUUAGCAACAUAAACUGUGUUAUGUGUAACUUGAUAAUACCCUAGAGUUAUCAGUUUUUGUAUACUGAAAGUUCAGUUUAUGGGACAAUAGUUACAAAUUAUAUUUGUUUUUAAAAGUAUUUGAUACAAAUGGAGCUACAAGCUGUUGAACUCUUAAGAAACCUAGCAUCUCUUUGGUUUUUCUGCUUUAUGAGAAGCAGGUAAAUAACAAUAAAAACAAACUGUUUGCAUUAUAGUAAAAUAAAUUAUUAUUUAUUUGGAAACUUAUUAUGACUCCCAUUAUUAAGCAGCCAUAAGGCAUUCAUUUUUAUAAAAAGAACUGAGAAAAAGAGGAGAAAUGGAACAAAACUCAGUUGUUGCUACCACUUUCUGUUCUUCAUAGUUGUCUUCCUAUUUAUCAUGGACUUCUAAAGACUGAAGGUUAUCCCAGAUUGAAACAAGCUUUUAUCCUUUCACAUGUCAGUUUAUUUCUUGAUUUAAUGUAUAUCCAAACAUAGACCAUUUUCUUCAACAUGCUGCGGAAGAUGGAGGAAUCUGAAGUAGGUGAGAAGCAAGAGAAGUCAGAGGCCGUGUUGUGCAAAAGGCCUUGCCACCAUGUUACAUGAGGGAUAUGCUUGGCAGAAUCCCAGAGUACAUUUCUUGGCCAAAUACUUGAAGAUGUUCUGUGCUUUGCAACAUUUGAAAGUACCUUUCCCUAUAUCUGCAGCCUGUUUUGUAAGCCAGUCAAAUGCAGAAGCAGUGCUAUCAUCAUUUACAUUUCUACCUUUGAAUCUUGGAUCUGACAGUUUUGCAACAACAUGAACUUGAUGGCAACAAAAUUAUGUUGCUCUGUACUUUCUCCCACUCCUUUGAGACAUAGUAAAGAGGACAGAAACAGAUCCACCAGCUAUGCCAACAAGAUGAAAGCACAGUCAAAUAAUGCAUUGACUCCUUUCUUUCCUUGUGACAAUGGCAUUGCCCUUCCAGAAUUGGAAUGCACCUUGCUCUUGCAUUUGAAAAUUAUACUCUCAGUAUACUACUCAGGACUUGCUUGUCCUCUAAUGUACAGGAAUUGUGAUGAUCUAAUUCUGUACAUAAAACUCUUUUUGUUACACAGUUUUAGAAAUAAUUUUGGAUUAGUGAAGUAUGAAUGCCUCGUCUAAAACAUUUUGUUCCUUUUUCUAUAGCAAAAAAUUUUACAAGCCAAAAGAAAUUACUUCUUUUGGGAACCUACCAACUGAAGAGGAUCUGAUCACUUAAAUAUAUGGUAGCUGAACUCGUUGAUUUAUAAUAAAAUAAUAGUUUUGUGUUAUAUCCAUGUGCCUGCUACCCCUCAUCUCUCUUCCUCUGGCAUUGUCAUGCAGAGGUUAUAAGAAGCAUUUGUUUCUGCUUCAACUAACCAUGGUUUGUUAUGUCUGAAUAGGGAGCUUCAAUCCAAGCCAGGAUUGUAAUCCAUGAUUUUAAGUCUUUCUGCACAGAUUUAACUAUGAUUUAAAUUAGCCACAGUUCAUCCCAGUACUGACCUAGACGAACUGUGGUUGGUUAGGUGAAAACAGAAGCAAUUGCUUCCAGUCUCCUUUUAGUUGCUACAGGUGAGUUAAGCGGAGAAUAAUGCAUGCACUCAUGGCUCACCCAAGCACAUGGACUUCUGUUUCAGUGUAUCUGAAGAAAUAUGCAUGCACACGAAAGCUCAUACCAGUAACGUUGGUCUCUAAGGUGCUACUGGAUGGAAUUUUUUUAUUUUGUUUCGACUACAGCAGACCAACACAGCUACCUACCUGUAACCAAGCUCAUUAUUGUAGUAUGAAACUUAGCAUUGUGUCAGAACCCAAGCUAUUGUGUGCAUGGUUUUGAUUUUUACAACAAACAGUACACCUUGUUUAGCACAUUAAGAUUAAAAGUACAGUGGAACCUCGGGUUGUGAAUGUGAUCCGUGCGGGAGGCACAUUCGCAACCCGCAACGUUCGCAACCCGCAGCACCACGUCUGCGCACAUGUGGGUCGCAAUUCGGUGCUUCUGCGCAUGCGCGAAGCACCGAAACCCAGAAGUAACCCAUUCCAGUACUUCCAGCUUCAGUGCAGUGCACAACCCGAAAUCGCGUAACCUGAAGCGUCUGUAACCCGAGGUACCACUCUAUUUACUUUCUUCACUUAGGUAAGAUAUCUGUCUGUCUGUCUAUCUGUAGCAUAGUGUUUGUACCUUUCUUGAGCUUGAAGUGGUAUUUUCUUUUUUACAUAUAAGCAGAAAUAAUAAAAUAAUAUAAUAAAAAUACAGAAAGUGUAGGCUUAGUUAUGAUAUACAAGUGUUGAUGUCAGAUUCAUCACUAGCUCCACUUGUAAGUGGAGUAAGCCUCUGUAUCUUCUUUUCAUCCUUCCCAAUUCAUCCAGCACAGCAUUAGUAGCCAGGAAAUUUGUAACUGGAAGUCAUUUCAUACCUGCUGAAAUAGUACUUCAGGGCAGUCUUGUUACUUUCUUUGGACUUCAAAACAUUUGUUUUGUAAAAGGAAUUGUGGUUCCUGGAAAAACAAUGUCAUGAAAGCUUUUCCUAUCUGCAUGUUUUAGCAGUGAGUAGCUUAUUGCUAUGCAAUUUUGGUCCCACUUAAUACAAGCACCCAUCCUCCCUUUCUGCUAUAUCAUAUUGUCUGAUUCAAAACAGCUGUAUACAAAUGGGAAUUGGUAAGUUAAACAUUUGACCGGUCAAAACGGUCUUUGAGUUGACUAGUUAAAUAUUGACCCAAGCCAUUUCCUUGGCAUAUAUUUUCGGAUAGACAUGUUUGCUGCUGCUGAAUUCUGAAGUAGUUUCUAUUUGGCUCUGAUCAUUAUACAAAACUAGAAUGGAAACGGGUUCAAAUUAAUUGGUGGAAAUGCAACAGGUAAUGUGUCCAAUAUGAGAUAGAGCAGGCAAUCUUUCGCUAGAUGGAAUUUCCUUCAAAUUGGGGUUGCAUCAUUCUGCUCUAAAAUGCUUUUAAGAGGAUGGGCAAAAGUGUAGUAUAGAGUUUCUCCCAAAUUUUUAAGUUCAAAUUCAGUGUACUGUAGGGAAUGCAUUUUGAUUAUAACUUUCCUGUCUGUUAAGGUUAGCCAGUAAAAUUCUGUUGGGCCUCAUAUCCUCCAGAAGUUGAACUGUGGAUGGACAGGAUAGGGCCUCUUCUGUAGUGUUAUUGCAAUUCUGGAGCCAAUUCCCUACAGAGACCAGCUUCGAUCCUUCAUUGUGUACUUUGUGAAAAUUGUGAAAAUAGUUUUAUUCUGACACAUUUGGAAGCUAGUAUGAUGUGCUUCUUUAGCUAUUCAUAGAAUCCUAGAACUGUAGAGUUGGAAGGGACUCUGUGGGCCAUCUAGUUGAACCCCUGCUAUGCAGAAAUCUCAGCUAAAGCAUCAAUAGCAGAUGGCCAUCCAACCUCUACUUAAACACCUCCAAUGAAAGAUAGUCCACCACGUCAAUUCCGCUGUCAAACUGCUCUUAUCAUGAGAAGUUCUUGUUGUUUAGUCAGAAUCUCAUUUCUUGUAACUGGAGCCAUUGGUUCUCGUCCUACCCUCCGGAGCAGGAGAAAACAAGCUUGCUCCAUCUUCCAUGUGACAGCCCUUGAGAAAUUUGAUGGCUAUUAUAUCUCUGCUGUUUUGUCAAGAUACAUUGGUUGCAUAAAAGUAUUAUUCAUUUCACUGUACAAUUUUGAUUUUGUUCGCUUUUAUCUUGACUUCCUUGCAUUGGAGAUUCUGAACUAAUAAUUUAAAAAGUGAAGGGACUCAGUAAUGUUCAGAAGUGAUGCAGUGGCCCAGUUCAGAUGAUGGUCUUACUGCUUUAUAAGGUGAGAUACAAACAAGCCUCUUGCUGGUUCAAACAGUCCAUUUGCUCCUCCCUUUUCAGCACACCUGAAUGCAGUGCAGAAGUUUCUAUAGUUUUCUGUUUUGCAUAAACUGAGCACCAUGGUUUUCAGUUUUAGGACAAGCCAGAAUCCUAAAACAUGAUCAAAUUCUAUCUUAAUGCAUUGCCUUUUGAUUUUUGGCUUUUUGGGAAGCUACUAAAUAGUUCUCAGUUUGCACAUAACUGCUCCAUUCUUUCACCGGUUUUGCACAUGGAAGAGCAGCAAGGAUAUGAGUAGGUGUAUGAAUAUCUUACAUGUUAUGGCUUAUUAAAGCCAGGGUUUGAUUGUGUGUACUGGGUUCAUUGGGUCAAGUUAGACUUUUGGCUUCUUCUGAAACUGAAAAUGAUAGCUUCCUAUUUGUAUGAAAUUACAAUUUGUGAUUAACUAGGGACUUCUUGGUUCAGUUGCUGCUUGGACAGAAAGCUUGGUUAUAUAUUGGCUUAGUAAGAUGAGAGAUGGUUCUCCAAGAUAUCUAGCUAAACUUUAAAAGUUUUUUACUAUAACCUUCAUUGUGCAUGUUUUAAAAAAUCUUCCAACUUUGCAGUCCUAACACAUAAUUGAGGACAGCAUUAGUACUGCAAAAUGAUCAGUGAUUUAGAAUCAUAUUGGAGAUUGAACUAUUAUAUGCUACUCGAUACUAUAGUGAUGAGACAGCCAUUUCAAUAUGGUUUUGAAGAAUAAUGUUACUAGAUAUCAUCAAUUUGUCCCUUGGCACGGGGACAUUCCCAGGGGAACUGAAGGAGGCAGUGGUGCGCCCACUCUUAAAGAAAACAUCAUUAGAUCCUUUAGAUCUAUCCAAUUACCGCCCGGUUUCGAAUCUUCCGUUCCUGGGUAAGGUGAUUGAGAGAGCGGUUGCUGAACAGCUUGGUGGGUUUCUGGAUGAAACAUCGGCUCUGGAUCCAUUCCAUCCGGCUUCCGCGCUGGUCAUGGGACCGAGACGGCUCUGGUUGCCCUAACAGAUGAUCUUCGUAGACAGCUGGAUCGAGGUGGGUCGGGGCUGCUGAUUCUUCUAGAUCUGUCAGCAGCUUUCGACAUGGUCGAUCACGAACUUCUGGACCACCCCCUUGCCGACGUGGGGAUCCAGGGCACAGUCCUUCAAUGGCUGCGCUCGUUUCUCUCUGGUCGGGGACAGAGGGUGGUGCUUGGGGGGGAAUUGUCAUCGCGCCACUUCUUGGUGUGUGGAGUACCUCAGGGUGCGAUACUCUCCCCGAUGCUUUUCAACAUCUUUAUGUGCCCCCUCACCCAGCUUGUCCGGAGUUUUGGGCUGGGUUGCCAUCAGUACAGUGGUACCUCGCAAGACGAAUGCCUCGCAAGACAAAAAACUCGCUAGACGAAAGGGUUUUUUGUUUUUUGAGCUGCUUCGCAAGACGGUUUUCCCUAUGGGCUUGCUUCGCAAGACGGAAACGUCUUGCAAGUUUGUUUCCUUUUUUCUUAACACCGUUAAUACAGUUGCGACUUGACUUCGAGGAGCAACUCAUAGAACGCGGUGUGGUAGCCUUUUUUUGAGGUUUUUAAAGACUUUGGUGAUUUUUGAAGCUUUUCCAAAACUUUCCCAACACUGUGCUUCGCAAGACAAAAAAAAUCACAAGACGACAAAACUCGCGGAACGAAUUAAUUUCGUCUUGCGAGGCACCACUGUAUGCUGAUGACACCCAACUCUAUCUGUUGAUGGAUGGCCAUCCUGACUCGGCCCCAGACACACUGACCAGAUGUUUGGAAGCUGUGGCUGGAUGGUUACGUGGGAGCCGGUUGAAGCUAAAUCCUUCGAAGACAUAGGUCCUGUGGCUGGGACAGGACGAUAUGGGAUGGGGGGGCAACUCCCAUCUCUUGCGAGGGCGCAAUUAGUGCCAGCACCGUCCAUUAAGAGUUUGGGUGUAAUCUUCGACACCUCCCUUUCCAUGGAGGCGCAGAUUGCAGCUACAACAAAGGCGGCAUUUUUCCAUCUCCACCAAGCUAAGCAGUUGGCUCCUUACCUCUCUCGCCCUGACCUAGCCACUGUGAUCCACGCGAUGGUCACCUCCAGACUGGAUUAUUGUAACUCGCUCUACGUGGGGCUGCCCUUGAGACUGACCCUGAAACUCCAGCGGGUGCAGAAUGCUGCAGCGAGACUCCUUACGGGGUCUUCGCUGUGAGAUCACAUUCACCCGGUGCUACACCAGCUGCACUGGCUCCCGGUGGAGUACAGGAUCAGGUUUAAGGUGCUGGUUUUAACCUUUAAAGCCCUAUACGGCCUAGGACCCUCGUACCUACGGGACUGCCUCUCCUGGUAUGCCCCACAGAGAAACUUACGGUCUUCAAAUAAAAACAUCUUGAAGGUCCCAGGCCACAGAGAAGUUAGGCUGGCCUCAACUAGAGCCAGGGCUUUUUCGGCUGUGGCUCCGAUCUGGUGGAACACACUGUCACAAGAGACCAGGGCCCUGCGGGACUUGACAUUUUCUGCAGGGCCUGCAAGACAGAGCUGUUCCACCAGGCCUUUGGCCAGGGCACAGCCUGACUCCCUCCCUCAGCAAUCUUUGCGGAGCUCUGGCCCAAUGGUUGCAAGUGGCUUGAAUUAAUUAAUUUUAUAAUGAAUGAUUUUAGAGUGUUGUUUGUGCUGUACUUUUGUACUGUUUUAUUGUUGUUAGCCGCCCUGAGCCCGGCUUCAGCUGGGGAGGGACAUAAAUAAAAUUUAUUAUUAUUAUUAUUAGAAUUGUGUAUUAUUUAAAUUAAUUGGAAAUAUGCCUAAAACAGCAGUGAAGGAUUUCUUUAAAGCAUCAAGCUAUAUCUGAAAGUCAUUGUAGGUGGUUAUUCUUAUUAUUAACAUAUUUAUGUAUUACUGGAGUAUGAAUGAUGACUAUUAACUGAGGUGGCUGAGGAUUUUUGCCUUAAACUAUGGUUUAUCAUUAAACAAUUGGAUUUCAUACAUAAAUAAAAAGCCCUCCUGUUAAUUUCACUCACUAAAGCAUUUGUAAAAGAUUACAUUAAUGAUUUGUCCAGGGUUAUGCCUUUAUUUGCAAGGUAUAACAAGGUUUACUACUAAUCUUGCAUGUGUAAAUUAUCUAAUAUGUCUUGCUUUUCUUUCUUUGUUACCCUACUUUUCAGCCAAGGUUGUUUCCCAGAUAAAUAGAGUAGUUGAUAAUGUGAAAGUAUAAAAACAUUUAGCUUCCCUUUAAGUGUAUUUGAGACAUUUAUAUUGCCAUACGCAUGUUUCAGUAAGCAAAAAACAAAUGAUUCAGCAAUGACUCAGAUCAGUAGCUUUUGUUACACAUUGGACUAGUAAUGCACUAACAGUAAGCUGAACACCUGAUAGCACCAGCAGUGCAAGGCUCACUGGUAAUAUGCAUGAUAGUGUGGGUGAGGGAAAAUUGCAGUGAUACUUAAAUAUAUUUCCCGCGAGAUCCUAUUGUUUAGUGAAACUGAGAUAGUUACUUUUGCAUCAUAAUUACUCAGUGAUUGAUAGUUUGUAGCUGAAUGUGUGAACUGAUUCCUCUGGAAAAGGUUGUAUUUGAAGUGAGAUAAAAGUUCUCUGUCUGUGAUAGCUUACUUAUGUUUGCAAGACAACAGCAGCCAUCAAGUAGUAAUAAAACAUGUGUGAAUCAGUGGUGUGUGUUGCAAAGAAUGUCUGAUAUCUUACAGAGUUUUGUGCAGUGUGAAGAUCUGUUAAUACAAACUGCUGGAAAAUUAGUCAUGUAUCUGGUAUCGGGCUUGACUCACCUGUCAGCUUGGAGCAGAGCUUCUGAUAAUCACAUAUAUUUGGGGUUAUGAAUGUGCAACAGUUUUGAAAGGGAAAUAAUUUUGAAACUUCCUAAUCAGAGUAGUUUCUGAAUUAGUCUUUUUCUUUGCCUUUGCAGAUGACUAUGGAUGAAAAAUAUGUGAACAGCAUUUGGGAUCUUCUGAAAAACGCAAUUCAAGAGAUUCAGCGUAAGAACAACAGUGGUCUCAGCUUUGAGGAACUCUAUAGGAAUGCAUAUACUAUGGUAUUACAUAAACAUGGCGAGAAACUAUACACUGGACUACGAGAAGUGGUUACUGAGCAUCUCAUAAACAAGGUAUCUACGUGCAAUCAACACCAUAUGCAAAUUGGAAGCAAAUGGCUAAGGUUAUAGAAGAAACUCAUUUCUACUUAAGGCAUAUGGCUGUCCUUAGAGAAUCGUACACAAUGUUCUGGUUACAUUAUGAUUGUUUUCCGCAUGUUAGCAAAUGCUAGACAAAAAUUAUAAAAUUUAGCUUCUUGCACAGGGAUGUUCUCUUCACACACAGUGAAACUGUUACUAGUAAAAAUUAUUUAUAAAGCACUUUUAAUAUGUAGAAAGUUUUUACAGUCUUUCUCAUAUUUACAUUCACAGCUAUAUUAUUCUUAAAGUAAGCCAUAUUAAUUUUACAGGUGAGACUGAGACUAAAAAUUAUUAUUCGCCAGAAAACAGAAGCCUCUAAUUUCUUUUCUUGUGCAUGUAGGAAGAAGCAUGGGAAUCAGAACAGAGGCCACUUGUGUUUAUAAUAUCAAAUCAGUUUGGUGUUUCAUCUGAAUGAAAUCACGUUUCAUUCAAACCCAGAAAAAAUGUAGUUUUCCCACAAACCAGGAUCAAAUCCCGACUGUAUAAAAUGAUGAAUGAUUGUUUACUGCAAACCAGAAAUGAAAGCUUCUAAUUUUGUUCCUCACAUGGAACAAGGGAGGAUGAAAUGCUUGAGCCCAAGACUUGCAACACCAAACCUGGUUUGGCAUAUUGUUUGAAUGGAACUAUUGCCGUGGCUUCUUGUCAUGAAGGUGAGCAGUGUGAGCCGGUGGCUAGGCACUCCCCUUUCACUUCUUAUGCAUAUGCAGAUAGUGUAAAGGUUGCCACAACUUUCAACACAUUUUUUUUGUAAUGUCUGAAUACAAGAAACAGUGAUUCAUUCAAAACACAAUUAGUGCAACAGCUCAGGCUCUGAAACCUUGUUUAGUGUUUACGUUUGAACUGGAUGAUUGACUUGCUCAAGACCACAUACUUCAUCAUUCCUGGCUAGCAGGACCAGUGGUCAGAGAUGAUUGGAGUUGUAGUCCAACAAACAGCUGGGGACCCAAGUUUGAGAAACCCUGGUUUAGUGAAACCUUUCAUCUUUCACAGAUGUUGGUUCACACUUUAUGGUUGGUGAUGGAAUAAAGCAGAGAACUCUUACCCUUGGGGACCCAGGGCACAUUUGGAAUAAAAAAAUUACUUCCACUUCUAAAAGAGCAAAAUAGAGACAGAACCACAAAAUGCUGUAGGCACCCUCACCCUGCCCCCACCACAAAAAAAUCUGUGAGGUUCAAGGCACCUGCCAUAGCAACUGCCAUGCUUGUUCACAGAUAGAAAACUUUUUACACUGUUCUGAACAGGUGGCAAAGUUGGUGUCUAAUUGUGGCAUGUAAUUAAAUGUGAACAUGUUAAAGGGGACAUGUUGAAUGUUGGAGGGGCUGAACCAGUGUAACCUGUUUCAUGCAUUAUGGAUUUUUUAGGGGAUAUUUAUGAGACCUACUAUGGGCGCCAUGUGAGGUACCGGCUGUCAUACUAGUGUCCAUGUUGGUGCUCCUGACAUAAAGACUGUGUCACAGAAGUAGCUGUGGUGAAAAAAAAGUGGUUGUCUGCUACUGGGUCUGGAAAGUGUCAUCUACUAAAGUUGGUUUUGGUGGUCAAUAGCCUAGUGAAUUAGAGCUGUCUUUGCCCGUGGUGGUGACUGUGCCACCUAUUGAUAUUGACUCAGCUUUGGGACUGCUGCAACUAGUGUGAAUGUAGCAUUUUGGGUAAUGGGAGUUUCAAGGCCUAUUGCUGCAGAGGUAUGGUUGGCUCAGCUCCAUGUCUGGAUCGCAUUCUACUGUGACAGUAGUGAUAGGAAGCAAUCACGAGGAAUGGAUUGCUGACAUAGCUACUUCCUAUGUUAACAUUGCAGCCAUCUCGAAGUGACAGGCACACUUGUGAUAGUCUUUUGUCAUCAGUCUCGUCUUGUUUGAAUCUGUUUCAUUUAGUCCAGGGGUCAGCAAACUUUUUCAGCAGGGGGCCGGUCCAUUGCCCCUCAGACCUUAUGCAGGGCCAGACUAUAUUUUGGGAAGAAAAAAAAGGAAUGAAUUCCUGUGCCCCAGAGAUGCAUUUUAAAUAACCCAGAGAUGCAUUUUAAAUAAAACCACACAUUCUACUCCUGUAAAAACACGCUGAUUCCUGGACGGUCCGCGGGGCGGAUUUAGAACCCAAUUGGGCCGGAUCCGGCCCCUGGGCCUUAGUUUGCCUACCCAUGAUUUAGUCUUUCCCGAAAAUGACAAAAUAUAUUUGAGAAUACAAGGACAGAUUUUGCACCUGUAUAUAAAAUGCACUCAACCUCAGAUAUGAAUGGAUUAUAUGUGUUUAGGUUGCUGCCAUUGUCAGAAAAAAAGAUAGAAGCAGGAACACCAGACAAUUCAGAAGCACACUUGGCCAUCUUUUAGAAGCAUUUCAAAACCUUUAUUGUUUAGGCCUAGUUUCAGAGAUCAUGGCUAAACUGACAGAGGAUUGGACAAUUUUUUAAAAUAUAGUGUUUUCUAGUUCUUAAUUUUUGUAUUGUUUCAUUAAUUUAGGAGGGGGAAGGUUGUUGGAAAAAAAUACACUUCAGGGUCCUCUGUUAGAAAAAAAACACUGCUACAGCUUGGGGGAGGCCUUGUGUGUUUUCGUAAUGCUGUCUUGGGCACUACAACACAAACCACCUUGAUGAAGCCUUAUGCAUUUAAUAUUUGCUGCUUAUAUUGGGACAGGUGUGCUGAGCACAGCAGAUCCCUUUAGCUCCACUCGUGUAUACUUGUAAGUAAUUGGUAUACACAUCACCCAUGGAAAAUCAUAACUACAUUGGUAUAAAACCUUUAGGAACAAUACUUUUAAAAUGUUCCAAAUGUGCUAACAAUAUCCUGUAAAGCAAGAGUUCAGUUAAGGGUCAGUUCAGGAUAAUAGUCUGGGAAGAUUAGUAAACUGCUACUUGCUAAUCACUGUAUACAAUUUUAAAUGCAUGCAUUCAUGUUUGGAAUACAAAGUUGUUACUGUUUGGAGUGGGAUUUCUUUUUAUUUUUUACUUUGGCGCAUAUGGGAAGUAUUCCUUUCAAUUUGUUCUAAUUUGUUUGCUGGAUCUUCACUCAGACACUGGUACUUUAAACAAAAAUUAUAUAACCUAGUAAGACAGUGAGCAAUUAUUGUUAAAAAUCUAUUCAUGAUUGUACUUGCUGGUUGUCAUUAUCUGCAAGCAGUGAACACAAAACUUAAAUGAGCAAAUGAAAGCAUGCAAUUUUUGCAUGAAGUAUGAAAUACUAAAACACAUAUUGUGAUUCUUCAGCAGCCCAAUUUAUGUAGAUAGAAGAUCUUCUAACAUGACUAGCAUCUAGUAUAUGCUAAAAAUAGGAGUCAUUUUUCUAUUUUGUAUAAUUUGCUGUAUAAUCUAUAGUUGUCUUAGGCACUUGACUUUCAUGAAGCUUCUUUGCCUUGGAAAGAGGAGCUGCAUAGGUGAUAAAUGUGAAGUAAUUUUAGUGAGCAGAUAACCCCUACAUACUCCAUACCUAUUCUUCCUCAAAAAAACAGGUUGCAAUCAGUGUUAGAAACGCAGCUAUAUAAGCUAGAGGCCAAAGGUUACAGAUGGCAAAAUAAAAUGUCGAGUUGCCAUUUUGGGGCAAGACAGCUCUAAAAUCUUUUUUUUUUCUUCAAAUGAUUUACUGACUGUGAUUGAUUAUCAGUUAAACAUCUGGGUAGUUCAGAUGAUAAUCUUGAGCUAGAUUAAAAACUUUGAGAAUCUAAGGAAGAAAAGCCACUUUAUCCAGGGAUCGUCCACAUAUAUAUUGGCCUAUUCCUACUGCUUUUUCUUAAUGGUGACACAGACCAUUCAUAACAUAAAAAUAUUCUUCACAAUAGUGAGCAGGGCAGUAGGGUGGGGUAAGUGAAGACAAGCUACAACAGUUAGCUAUAACAUUGCUCCCUGCUCCUGCUCAGGCUGCACAGAAAAAGCAUUUUGGUUCCUGAAAUCCAUUGUGAUUGUGCAGAUAAAAUAUAACUGAUAGAAUUCUACAGGAUGUGAUAUUAGUGUGUGAAAACAAUCAAGAUCCAAUGAUCCCCAGAUAGUAAUGUCAGGUGCCAUCCUGGCACCCAGGGAUCUUCACUUGGUUGCAAGUGGCUGACAAUCAGGUGCAAAACGCGCCAGGUAACAGGUUAAUUUCGAACACUGGUUGCAAUAUAUGUACAGGGAGUGCUACAGAUCAAAUGCACUGUCAGUAACAACUACAUCAAGUCUCUAUUUGCUAUGCAGGAGAACCUAGACUUUACAGAUGAAAAGAGAAUGAAACAUAAAGCAUCUUCCCUAUGACUGACUGACAAACUUCAUCUUUUUUCUCCCAAAGAGUGCUUUUGUGACUUGGGAGAAGAAAGACCUCUUAGCUGGUCCUUCUGAGUAGUACUACAAGAUAUCCAGAACUGUUUGUUCAAGUGAAUGUUACAAGAAAAACUUGAACACCUCCUUCUCAAGGACCCAGUGUUCAUCACAGAGACUAUGGCUGUUUGUAUAGCAGGAAACAGAGCCAAGACUUCCUCUGGGAUAUUGCUAUGUGACUUCACUAAAUAAUAAACCUUUUUGUGGAAAAGCAAUGUCAAAUGCUGCUAUUCUUAAAACACAUGUAAAUAGUCCUGAAAUCUAGAUGUUUAUUUUGGUGUGUCUGCUAUCACCUGAGAAGUUAAAAGGCUACAGGAGCCAAUUUUAUCCCCCAUUCCCAAUAUGCUUGUAUAUUGUAUAAACAUUGAACUCAACAGCUGGCUGAAAUGUAGAGACUAAGAAUUUUAGUUGUGAACUAGCAAAUGCUACUUCUUUUAGGAUAAGAAUAUACAGCCUCUGACUGUUACUUGCAGCUGCUGCUAAAUGACAGUCUCCUCCCCCAAUUUAUCCUUGAAAGUGCAGGACUUUCCACGGACUACUGUAGGAAUCAAAACAGUUACAUGCUUGUAUCACAAAAAGUAAGCUGCAAAGGGGAUUUAAAGAACAGCAAACAACUUUUAAAUAUUUUGAGAUGAAUACCUGUUAGCCUCAGAUGGGAUCUUUCUAUCCAAAAAGGACCAUUCUUCAACCUUGUAAAUCAAGGCACAAAAGUUACUAGCCUGCAAAGUGCUUUUGCUAGUGUGUCGGCGGCUGGCUGAGGAGGGAUCGAGAGCUUGGUCCCACCUCCAGCAGCCUACUACAUUUCUAUCAUCAUUAUCAUUUUAUUUGUAAGGCUUCCAUACUUGUCUUUCAUUUCUGGGACAUUGUGCAACAUUAAGAUGAAUGAAAGUGUCUUUAAUAGUAUAUUGCCUUGCUGUCUCUCCUUCACCCCUAGCUAUAAUGCUUUUAUAAGGACACCUCAUCCUCUUACUCAUUCAAAGAAACCCCCCCUCCAAUAAAACCCCUAAACAUUUUAAUUGGUUCACGGAAAGUGUUUAAUUUGAGUUAGGGCUCAGUGAAUGCUGAGAAAUAUGGCCCAAAAACAACAACUGUAUUUUAGUGAUUAGGAAAAAGAGUGGUAGUGGUAGAUCAGAGCCAUCAGAAAUUGUGAGGCAUUACAGAGGAAGACACUACAUUAUUUCCUCCCAUUACAGUUUUAUGAUAAAAUUAAAGAGUUAUAUUUUAAACAACAUUGAAUACUAGCAAUUCCAGACAGAGGUUGGGUGCCAGUAUGUGGGAAUGUAGGAAGCUGCCUCAUACCUUCUCAGACCAUCUAGCUCAGUAUUGUUUACUGUGACUGGCCAUAGUUCUCUAGUAUUCCAGACCUACAUCUUUCCCAGCCCUACCUGGAAAUGGCAGUGAUUAAACCUGGGAUCUUUUGCAUGCAAAGCAUUCGCUCUACUACUCACCUGCUGAGUUAAAAAUGAACAGAGGCAGGCUUCGUCAAAUGCAUCCAGAAGACAAAGUCAGCAAUUGCCACAGAAAGAGGAGGGAGAAAUCCAGAAGAGGCAGGCAUCAAAAAAUAAACAAGCAGGCUCCAAGAACCAACCAAGAAGGUUUCUACUCAAAUCCAUUUUCCAUAUGCCAUUGUAGGAAAGAGCUGAUGGCAUGGUCAGUCAGCUCUUGAUAAGUAAGCAUGAUUACUCUUCCUUUUGCAUUUUGCACACAUUACAAGACAAGUCCCAGUAGCACAGCAAUGCACAUGACUGACUAGGGCUGUUUCCUGUCCUGCCAGAAAGAAAGAAGUGUAAAUGUUUGUGAGUAAUAUGACUUGCUGUGAGGAUCACAAAAUUAAUUUGGUUAUGCUUCUAGGAGCUUCAGGGCUAAAUGUAUCGUUUAUCCUAUAUGGUAAAGCUGUCUACACUGCUAACAAAACAUGAUAAAUUAACAAGUUUCAUCUAUAUAUUUCAUUUAUAUACUCACGAGUCAGCCUAUCUGCAGACAAUACUUGCCUGUUUUUUAAAUGCAAAGAGCUUCCUAAUAGUGGUGCGAUUUGAACUGGUAGUGUGGUUAUUUGGCACGUCUUUUUGCUCAUUCUUGUGACAGUAGCAUAGCAGUAUAUGUUGUAGCUUUCAAUAACUUGUAUUAAAUAAGUUGCCUUGGUUAUUUUGAAACAUUCUGUUUCGUUGCAGGUGCGAGAAGAUGUGCUAAAUUCAUUAAAUAACAACUUCCUCCAAACAUUAAACCAAGCAUGGAAUGAUCAUCAAACAGCAAUGGUGAUGAUUAGAGACAUUCUAAUGUAUAUGGUAGGUAAUGUCUUAUUUCUCUCUCUCUCUGGAGCUAGAAGUAUUUAGUCGUAAGAACAAACUUGUAGAUCUUCAUACUGAUGGAAGAAUUGGACAUGAUAGGUUGAAAUCUUUAACUGAUAUGAAUGUGGAGCAUACACACACUGGACUCCACUUUUCCUCCUCAGUAGUUUCAUUGUGAAUGGCGCUUUUGGGAAGCUGAGAUUGGAAUAGAGGUUAACAAGAUGUGCUUACAUAAUGAAAGAGAAAGGCUCAUAUAUCGGCCUCUAUGUGGGGCACCUGCAUAAUGCAUUGUUCUAGGUAUGCGGUGGAGUAUCUACACCCAUGCCUCCAUGUGAAAUCUGUUGCUAUCAUCUCUCCAGAACUAGGCUAAAGACUGCUAAUGAAAUGUCAAAAGAUCAGGAUCAAUUUUUGUUGUUGUUGUCAUUUAUCUAGUGCGCUCUUUCAGAUUUCCACUUUAUUCAAAUACUGUUUUGAACUGAACACAGUUUUAGAUGUUUUACCCUUUACAUAUCAUGUCUUACUCUGUAUGUGGACCAUAUUGUCACUGGAAAUUUUAAUUUUUAAAUGGAAAGAGCAGCUACUCUUUACCUUUACAAGGAAUCUUGCAAAGCACAAUUUAGGAUUGGGUUCUUAGAUCUGAUAUUUCUUUUUUUUUUUUUUUUUUUAAAGCAAUUUAUUGGGUUUUACAAUAGGAAUAAAUAUAAUAAACAAUAUAGCAUUCGUCUUAACAUAAUUUCACAUUUUCUUUGGACUUCCUCACAUCUCCCGCUCCCACCUUCAUCAUUAUAACAUUUUGUCAGCAAUUUAUCAUCUUAUUUAAAUUCUUGUAUCUCUUCGAUAUUUCAUAAUCUUAAAGUUCUCAUAAAGAGUUAAACUUUCACAAUUUUUCUUGUUUCCUUAAAAAUUUCUAAGUUAAGUGGUGCUCAGUUAUUUAGUCCAGCAUCUUAUUCAGCAUUCAAUCAAAUCACAAUGUUUUUGUAGGUAGUUCUUAAAUUUCUUCCAAUCCUCCUCGAUUCUCUCUUCUCCCAGGUCACGGAUUCUGCCAGUCAUUUCAGCCAGUUGCAUAUAGUCUAUCAGUUGCAUCUGCCAUUCUUCCAGUGUGGGUAGAUCUUGGGUUUUCCAAUGUUUUGCGAGUAGUAUCCUUGCUGCUGUUGUUGCUUAGUUUUAUAUUGCCUGGUCCUUCUUUGCCACCCCUUGGCUGACAAUACCCAAAAGGAAAGCCUCUGGUUUCUUAGUGAAAGUAUAUUUAAAUACCUUUUUCAAUUCAUUAUAAAUCAUUUCCCAGAACGCCUUCACUUUAGGGCAUGUCCACCAGAGGUGAAAGAACGUUCCUUCACACUCUUUGCAUUUCCAGCACUUGUUAUCAGACAGGUGGUAAAUUUUUGCGAGUUUGACUGGGGUCAUAUACCAUCUAUAAAUCAUUUUCAUUACAUUUUCUUUCAAAGCAUUACAUGCAGUAAAUUUCAAUCCAUUACUCCACAGCCUUUCCCAGUCCUCAAACAUAAUAUUAUACCCAAUAUCCUGUGCCCACCUUAUCAUAGCCGAUUUAACCAUUUCAUCUUGUGUAUUCCAUUCCAACAGCAAGUUAUACAUCCUUGAAAGUAUCUUAGUCUUUGGUUCUAACAAUUCUGUUUCUAAUUUCGAUUUCUCCACCUGGAACCCUAGUUUCUUAUCACUUUUAAAAACUUCUUUAAUCUGAGCAUAAUGUAACCAAUCUCGCACUUUGUCUUUCAUUUUCUCCAAGCUCUGCAAUUUCCAAUUGUCUCCAUCUUUUUCUAGUAUUUCCCAAUAUUUUGGCCAUUUGGCCUCCAUAUUGGGUCUUUUUCGGGCCUUAGCUUCCAAAGGUGAAAGCCACCUUGGUGUUUUAUUUUCCAGCAAGUCUUUAUAUUUUGUCCAGACAUUAAACAGUGAUUUCCUAACAAUAUGGUUCUUAAAGGCCUUAUUUGCUUUAACUUUGUCAUACCAUAAAUAUGCAUGCCAUCCAAAAACAUUGUUAAACCCCUCCAAAUCUAACACAUCAGUGUCUUCAAGAAGUAGCCAGUCUUUUAGCCAGCAGAACGCUGCGGCUUCAUAGUACAACUUUAAGUCCGGCAGGGCAAAGCCCCCUCUUUGUUUUGCAUCGGUUAGUAUCUUAAACUUAACUUAGAUCUGAUAUUUCCAGUGCCAUAUGAAAACACUCUUCUACCGAGAGUGUUUGUAUUACAUUGUAUUACAUUUUUAUGUCUGCUUUCAUCUGAAGAGCUCUGAGGGUUUCCAAAUAGUCUCUCUUCCAAGUUUUGACUAGGACCAUUCCUGUUUAGGAUUAGGUACCCUGAGACCAUUUUAUGAUGCUCUCCUCUUCCUUGCAGUCAGUGUUCUCUAUUAUACAUGUGUACAUCUUUCAUAACUCACGGGAUAGAUUUCUUUUUUCUUUGUAUGUAGUCUGAGCUCUACUGUAUUGGUCAGCUUUAUCAUCUUUCAAAUGACAAAGUUUUGAUUGCAUCGAUUUAGGGGUAUGUGUGUGUUACAUGGUGAUAAACACACACAUGAUUUGAGAGAAUCUAAAUGAUAGUGUGUUCCAAUUUAUUUAUUUUGCCCUGAUAAUUGUAAGACAGUUGUUUUCUGCAAUAUAAACAAUAACCACUUAUAGUUAUUUUGGUAUCAGUUUUCAAGACAAAGUGCAUUGGAGGUUGUUUUGGGGAGGGGGUGACUGAGGUAUGCUCAUGUAGCUGUAAGCAGUCUCUGGAUAAACUGCAUAAGAGUGGUAUUGUAUAAAAGCCUUAUUAUUUAUAUUUUAAUUUUAGGACCGUGUAUAUGUACAACAAAAUAAUGUGGAAAAUGUCUACAACUUGGGAUUAAUUAUCUUUCGAGAUCAAGUUGUACGUUACGGGUGUAUUAGGGAUCAUCUACGACAGACAUUGUUGGACAUGAUUGCAAGGGAACGGAAAGGAGAAGUUGUGGACAGGUACAACUGCAAAAAAUAGCUUUGAUAUCAUUCUUGCAAGAUAUUUGUUUUGCUGUUGUGCUUUUGCUGCUGUUGUGCUUUUGUUUGCGUUUUUUAAUUUCAUUUUUAAAUAUUAAUAGUGGGAUAUAUUUUAUGAGGCCAUCAAUAAAAAUUCCCUUGGUGGCUAAUACUGUUAGUACACUAUAUUAUCAAAAUCAAGAUGAUAACUCAAACAUUUUUUAAAAAAUACAUGCCAUCAAUAUAUUCAGUAUCCAUUUCUUACCUUCUCUGCCACUGCAGUAGCUAUUUUCCUCCCCCAUCCCCCAAAUUCCUUACCAUUUUAAAAACAAUUUGAAACUUGAUUUUAUUUUGGCUGCAGGUUGCCCAUUGGCAUUUGAAUAUAUGGCUGUAUAUACCAGUUGUUCAACAUUCUCCUCUUUUGGAGUGUUUAGGGAGCUUCAUUCUCAACACAUCUUUGCUUGUAAACAAAUUGUUCUUCUGACACAGUUACGGAGUGUUACAAUGUUGGAGCUCUAGUAGCUAUUAACACUUUGUUAGUAAUUUAAAAUGUGUACACAGUAUUUCAACUUGGCCAACUCCACAUUGCUACACAACCCUAAAGGCUGUAUUCAAAGUAGUGCUGUGUGACCCAUUCUGUUGGCACAAGUAUAUCUGCUUGCACAAUGGAACUUCCCUUCUGUGUACUCCCAAAUCUAUUCCAGGGGUUCCCUCAACACUCUGGAGUAGAUAUGGGAUUGGUAUAUACUGGAGAUGGGGGAAGAGUUUUGUUGUGCAGGCAUAAAUCCUUGUGCUAAUGGAAUGAGUUCAUUGGAUAUUGCCCUUAAUGCUUAUCAAGAUAUUGAUAUCUACAAAUUUACACAGAUAAGCUAGUGUGAAGUUCCUAUUCCGAUUUCAUAAUUUAGUUAUUUUCCUGUACAAAAUUGCAUACGGACUGGUUGCUGUGACUAUUAAAUUAUUAUUAUUUUCAGCUGAGGAGUUUCUAGAAAUGUAGAAAGUUGUGAAAUUAGGGGAUUGGUGUGUGUGUUUUUGUGCACUUGAGAACACUGAAUAAGAUCAGUGACUUAAAGAUGAAGUACCUAAAAAUUUUCAGAAGAGCCAGUAAAGGAACUUUUAUAAUCUUGUCUAAAAUAAUUGGUUCUAAACAAUCCCCUUACUCAGAAUAAUACAUAACAUUUGCAUACACACUCAGUGAUCCUCUUAAAGUCUGUAAAACAGGCCAUUGCCUGCAUAUUGCAGAUGGCGGUGAGGAUAAGGGAAGGUAUCUAAUUCCACCUAGUGAAUUCAUGGCAGCUGGAAUGAUAGUAUUUAUGACUUCAUGGUUCACGGUUCAGUCUCUUCAAUACCUAAUUAUACCAGAUCUAAAUGGAGACAACCAGAAAUCAUUAUAGCUAGGAAAUCAAGUUGAGCAGCCUAUCAGUUCUGAGUAAACCUGGUGUCACUAUAGUCUCCAAAGAGCCCACCAAAGGAGGGAUUCCUUAAACUGCCUCUUGAAGUUCAGCAGCAAUACACAUUUUUGAUAUCUCUGCAUGGGGUUAACUACUAUAAUCUCAGGGUAAGAGUGGAGAAGUCUCUUCUUUGUUCUCUUCUAAUUCUUACAUCCUUUAUGAGAGGGACUUGCAUUGAUCGCUGAGGGUGGAAAUUAUAUGAGGAUGUUUUGUUGAAUGACUUUGAAAAUUCUACUUCUGCUAAAAUAUAUGUAAUCUCUACAUCUGAUUUAAUAUUUUGACAGAGGAGCAAUCAGAAAUGCUUGUCAGAUGUUAAUGAUUCUAGGCCUUGAAGGAAGAUCUGUCUAUGAGGAAGAUUUUGAAGCCCCAUUUUUAGAGAUGUCAGCAGAAUUCUUUCAGGUACAAAAUAUGUUUCAAGUGUAUGUGACGUUAACUGUUUAUUGGUGUUAAUCUGUUUAAUGAAUUUGUUUGGAAUUACUUGCAAGUAAUCUUUCUAAUCAUUUCCCCGCCCAUAUAAGGUUUUCAAUUGUAGAUAUUGACUGCUAUGCUGCUUAAAGAUUCACUGUCCCAAACAUCCAGCAAAAAUAAAAUGUUAUUUGGAAACUAGGAAAACUCUUCGUUGUAUCCAAUGCUGGUUAUGCAUAAGCAGAAUGGACUUCCACUUAUGCAGUGCAACUUUGUCUUCCUCUUCUCCUCCCUGAAACACUUUUUGUGCCCUCAAAAUCUGCUCCGGCAGGUAGGGUAGGGGCCCUCCAGAGCAUAAUUUGGGCUUCAGUGGGAAAGAAGAAGGCGAUGUCUCACACUCUCUAUAUAUCAUACGGAUGGUGUUCUUCUCGCACAUGGCAUCUUUUCAUCUCUGCCGCUUUUCAGUGGGAGCCCCCUUCCAUGCAUACACUCAGAUUCGGGGGGGGGGGGGUCCUUUGGAGUGGAAUCCCAUAAAGUGCAAGAUGCUCCAAUUCCAAAGAAAGAUAAAUAUUGCUUCAUCCACAGUCCACAUAGACACUGGUGCGCAGAUGGUGGUGGGAGUGAAUCCCAACCAAUAUCCACAAGGCUGUAUUACUGGGUUCUAAACUAGCAAGUAUCACAAAUUAGGGGGCAUGUUCAGAGCUGAUGUAGCAUAGCUGAAUUAUAAAUUGGGAAAUUCCUACUUCAAAUCCUGCCUGUGUCGUGGACAUGAGGCCAAGCCCCAUCCUUUAAUCCUCAUUGCAUACUGUAAUAUAUGAAUAAUAAUACCGGGUUGAUGUAUGGAUUACAUCAAGGUAAUAGGUAUGAAGUCUUAUUUCAAUUAAAAAUGUUUAUGGUGGGGGAGUGCAUCUGUAGCAAUUCUUUCAGAAUAUUAUAGCAUCACAUGGCGUGCUCUGCUUUGUUCCAAUACAGAUGGAGAGCCAGAAGUUUUUAGCAGAAAAUAGUGCUUCAGUUUAUAUCAAGAAAGUAGAAGCUAGAAUUAAUGAAGAAAUAGAACGUGUGAUGCACUGCCUUGAUAAAUCAACUGAAGAGCCAAUUGUAAAAGUUGUUGAGAGAGAGCUUAUUUCCAAGCAUAUGAAGACUAUAGUGGAAAUGGAGAAUUCUGGUCUAGUUCACAUGCUAAAAAAUGGAAAAACAGAAGGUAAAUCCAGAUUAUGCUGCUUAUAGGCACUGAAGUAGUUUAUAAGCAUGAAGUGUACUAAAUAUUUCUUAAUAUUUAUUCCUUUUUGUUAGAAUAUCUAUAUUCCUUAGAGAUUUCUGUUGAAAUAUGAAGUGAUAUAUAUACUGGGGGAAAACUGUGUUUUCCAUUCCCUCAGUAGCGUUAUUCUAUCUAAAGCUGCCUAAAGAAUAAUUAUUGUGACUAAGCUAUGCAUACUUCCUACAUGUCCAAAGAUUUUGUAAGAAAUGCCAUUUUAUUUUAGAAAACUAUAAUGUCUGUCCCUCAUCAAUGUUUACUAAUGUAAACUUUUUGCUUUGCGUAGUUCCAUUAGCAGAUUUGUAUUAGUGUGUGCUCUGUAUGCUUGUGAUUGUAACUAAUGAGUGAGAUGGUAGCUCACCUGAAAUGAGUUUCAGCUCAGUUCAUUCCUUGCAACAGCAAUAAAAUGUUAUGUAUCUCCAAGAAAAUUUUUAAUAGUUUAUGUGGUAUUCAUGCUUGUUUAUUGUGAUCAACCAAAUUCUAGUUAAAUAUAAUUAUAUUUACCAAUCCUAGUUUAAAAGCCAAUGGUCACUUAGCAUAACAUAGCAUUAGGAUUCAUUAGGGUUUUUAAUUUGUAAUCUGGCAUUAGUUUUAUUAUAUUUUGUUGUUGAAUUGGACACUCUGCGCUGAUAAUUUUUUUAAAAUUUAAAUUUUAAACAUUUAUAGCUCUUAUAUUCAAAGACACUCAAUGUGCCAUACUGCUGCAGCAAAUCACCAUAAUGAUUUUAUUAUUUAAAAUAAUAUAGCAUCCAAAAGGUGAAGAACAAAAAUUAAGGUAACAUUUAGGACAGGUCUGUUGUGUCUGCUAUUCCAGGACAGAAGGAAGUGUCUCACAAUGAGACUUCAAGUUAAAAUAUGAGUUGACAAAAAUUUGAGAACACUUAUUCUGUUCACCUGCUGUCUUGUGAUAGAAAUACCAUGUUGGUAGUAGUUAAUAUACUCCCCCCCCCCCAUUGCAGAUCUUGCUUGUAUGUACAAGCUGUUCAGCCGUGUGCCGAAUGGUCUUAAGACAAUGUGUGAGUGUAUGAGCUCCUACCUCCGAGAGCAAGGUAAAGCUCUUGUAUCUGAAGAAGGAGAAGGAAAGAACCCAGUUGACUAUAUUCAGGUAAUUAAACCGUACAUUUCUCAUUUGACCAUCUUAAUUGAACUUCAGAUCUGGCUGCUCUUCUGCCACUGGUGGACUUGCCACAAGAAAGGGCAAACUUUGCUUGACUCCUUUCUUAUCCCUGUAGAACUGACAAGACCCAAACCUUCAACAUUUCUCAGGACAGACAAAAAAAAAAUCACCUGCAGCAGCUAAAGCAGCUAGAAUAGAAGCAAAGGAAACCCCACACAGGAGAGUCCAUUUGUAAAGAUCACACCUCUUAGCAAACAGGUGGACACCAUCCUUCUAAAGCAAGUGGGAAAAGUCCCAAGAGAUUGUUUGUUGACAAAUGGCUACACCAGCCCACUAAAAUGCCACCUUGGCAAUUUCAGCACUGAUCUUCUUUAAGCCAUCUGAAGCAUCUUGGAAUCCUGGGGCCCUGCCUACAUACUCCUAGGCAGCAUCCUCACCCAAGUCACCUUGGUCUUAGGGAAGAUAUUCAGGAUUUCAUUGAAAUUGCCCAGUAAUCAUUGAAAUGGACUGCACUCCCAGAACCUUCCCCAAAUCAUUCUUCCCGGAGUGUAGAACCAAAAUACAGAGAGGUGAAGAGCACUUUGCUGUGCCCUAGAAACCAUGACACCAAGACCCAAACUGUUGAAUGUUUGAAUUCUAGGGAAGAGCCAGGACAUGCUGCUGCCAUUCACUUCCCAGUCCAGUAUGUCAGGCUGUUGCCUGUGACUUGGACCUCCAGGAGCAAAUACAACCAUAAUGAAAAAGAGUUGGUGGUGGUGGUUGCAAGAUGGUGCUUGAGGUUAUACAGGAUGCAUGUGAACCCUGGUAACAUCCUCUUGCUAGCUGUCCUCUGCACUUGAGAAAGAAAUCUAUACUUAACAAUGGUUUUUCUUUCCCAUUUAAAAUACCAUGUUUUUCUAAGCUUUAACCUAAUGUCAAGUAAAGUGUUCUAGACACUUUGAAGCAAUGAGCAAAUGGUUUUCAGUCCUAUAACCUCACAGUGGAUGUGAUUUCCAUACAACAUAUAGUAGAAAUCUGUAACAUUAAAAUAUUCAAAAAAUAAUAAUAAUAAAAUGGUCCAGUAGCACCUUAGAGACCAACUAAGUUUGUUCUGGGUAUAAGCUUUUGUGUGCAUGCACACUUCUUCAGAUACCUAAAAGCUUAUACCCAGAACAAACUUAGUUGGUCUCUAAGGUGCUACUGGACAAUUUUUUAAUUUAUUUCGACUGUGUCGGACCAACACGGCUACCUACCUGAAAAUAAAAAUAUUCUUUAUUUUUCUAAGGGUUUACUGGAUUUGAAGAGUAGGUUUGAUCGCUUCCUUCAAGAAUCUUUCAAUAACGACAGGCUCUUCAAACAAACCAUUGCGGGUGACUUUGAGUAUUUCCUCAACCUUAACUCUAGGUCUCCAGAGUACCUCUCAUUAUUUAUUGAUGACAAGUUAAAAAAAGGAGUCAAGGGAGUAAGUAUAUUUUCAGUUACAACUCUGCAAAUUUGUGACAAAACAACAACAUAUAUUUAUGCAAACUUCUGUUCCCUUUCAGUCCUGAAAGUAUACUGUUUUUACUUUCAAAAUACAAUAAGCAGUGUAGUUAAGUGAACAAAUUAUAUGUGCUUGUCAGAAUCUUUUGCAACUGCAUGAACUAUAUAUGUGUGUAAAUAGAGAACUGAAUAAUUCUUGAUUGACUUAACCACUGUUAGUUAUAGUUGUUUUUAGAAUGAUAAUGCUGAUAAUUAUUGACAUUUAAAAAUGACCUAUGUUAAAAGGAAAGUGUUACUGGUGGCAGUGUCAGAAGUACUAAUGUAUGUGUUCUGUUGGGUCUUGCACAGCAAUACAUCUCCAGCUUACAGUAUGAUGCCUUCAAGUUCUUUGUAGUUUAGCAUGCUGACCAUGUAAUCAGAUUGCUGCCCCCCCCAGCAAAAUAUGUUCCCAUUUAGUACUUGAACUUUUGUCCCCUAAUAAGUUACUGUUGCACCAAAAACUUGAAGUCCAUGCCUUCGUACGUUUGAAGAUAUGUCUCCCAUUCCCACUUAGUGUUUUAUCACAGUGAAUCACAGACAGUGUUAUUUUGUGAAGUGUGAAGCUGCCCUGAGAAGGCUGUGGCUGCCAUGCUACACGCUACCUGAGCGGAGCAGGAUUUAUUUCUGAGUAAAAAUGCAUUGAUUGUGCUAUCAGUGUUUCUUAAUUAAUAGGAUUUUGUGGGCAAAAUCUCUAGCGAUGGAGAUUGGUAGCAUUUGGUUGAAAAAUAAUGUUUUUGUCUUUACAGCUAACUGAGCAAGAAGUAGAGACUAUAUUGGACAAGGCAAUGGUUUUGUUUAGGUUUAUGCAAGAGAAGGAUGUUUUUGAACGAUACUAUAAACAGCACUUGGCAAGGAGGCUUCUAACAAACAAAAGUGUUUCAGAUGACUCUGAGAAAAACAUGAUAUCUAAGCUAAAGGUAAAGUUAGUCCCUGCAAUCUUUUACUUAGUGACUGUUUCCCUUUGUUUCUGGUUUCAGUCCAACAUUCAUUUGUCAUAAUUUUAGCUAAUGUGGGAUCAUUGCAGUAUGCUAUAUUUCUAAAUACUAAAGGUAGGGCAAUAAAAAAAUUUCAUUGCCAGCAAAAGUCUAUUCAUACUGUUUUUAAAACUUAAAACUGCAGUAUUUGGAACUGCAGUCGAUUUUCUGCCAGAAAGCUUGAAAAGCAGGGAGGAGUUGAAGAGGAUAGAAUAAAGCAGGUAAUGUCAAUUUUCCCUGUUCACAGAUUUUCUGGAACCUCUGGUGCAUGGCAAAAGGUUCCUCCCCAUUCUCCAUCUAAGCUAUAGUCCUCUUCCUUAUUUUCACAACAAAGUGAAUACUUACCUGCUAUUCCUUCUUGGAGAAGGAUUGAAAAACACCCCACCCUAACCUUCCAAUCCAUCUUUUCCUCUUCUUUACCCUCCUAAAAAAAGCACUUCAUAUAAUGUGCUUUUUUGGAUAGUACAGCUAGAACUAAACUGGGAUUUGAAGAAUGCAACUGGGUAGAAAUUUAUAAUUUUUAAAUUUGAAAUCAUUUAUAUCCUGCUUUUCUUCUCAAGACAUACACAAAUUAAAAAAACGGGUUCAAGCCAGUAUACAAAGGCAUGUGACUUUAUAUGCUGACCUGAACCCGUUUUUUCUAUUUGUGUAUGUUCCUAUACAGUGGGUUCUUUAUUUUUGUGUUUCCUCUUAAGACAGAGUGGUAUUUAAUAAAAACAUAAACCCAACAAUAUAAAACAAUAGGAGAUAGCACGUCAUUCAGAAUAUCUUGGAAGGCUCUAAAGCCUGAUUCAAAAGUUGUAACUUUCCUCCUAAACAUAAAGAAUAAGGAAGACAUAUUUUGUUAUAUUUUUUAAAAGAUUGGGACAGCAGGUUCUUCUGUUCAUUUACAGAACAACUUUUGUUCCCUCCCCCAACCUGGUGUAUGGUGUAGUAGUAGUAGUAGUAGUAGUAGUAGUAGUGGUAGUAAUAUAUUUAUAUCCUGCCCAUAAACCAUUAAAAUCAUGACAUACUUUUGCAUUAAUAGUACAACAUUUUGGGAUGUUUUCUACUGUUGAAACUGAUGUUUGGAAUCAAACAGAAUGUGUUUUGCUUUUUCAUAUCUUUAACAAGUUCAAACAUAUUCUCUAUAUUUUGUAAUGUUCUGGUUCCAAGUAUGUGGCCUGAAAAAAUAUGUAUAAUGGCAUAUAUAAUUUUAAAAGAAUUGUUCUCUUCUUUUUUAUAGACUGAAUGUGGAUGUCAAUUCACAUCAAAACUGGAAGGAAUGUUCAGGGAUAUGAGCAUCUCAAACACAACAAUGGAUGAAUUUAGGCAACAUCUACAGGCAACAGGGGUAAGAAGCUAACUGCUGACUUGAUCUGAACACUAAUUUCAGUUAUUCUAACAAAGUUUUUGAGUCAAACGCCUUUCUGAAUAAAAUACUGCUUUUUAUUUAAUUAUUUUUAAAUUAUUUUAGAAUAAUGGGUUAUCUUUUUGCAAGCUAGCAGCCAAAGCAGUUUUACAAUUAAAAAAAACCCAGUAAAGUAUUCAGCACUGUAAAAUACAAAGCAGCAGCAAGAUAAAACAGCAACAUGUGAACUCAAAUAAAGAGAGCAGCUAGUAAACAAAUUAGUAUUUUUUCCAGCAGAAAACUAACGCUGUAUCUUAAUUACCGUAUUUUUCGCUCUAUAGGACGCACCUGAGCAAAGGACGCACCUAGUUUUUACAGGAGGAAAACAAGUUAAAAAUAUUCUGAAUCAAAUCAGUGUCGGGGCUGAAGGAGGAAGCCCGGGGUUUCCCCAUAAAGCCCCGGCAUCCCCAAGCUAGAACAGCGAGACGCUGCGCAGCGCUCCGUCUCGCUGUUCUGGCUUCAGGGACAGGCUUUCAAGCCUCCGCAGGACAGCGGGGUGCCUUCACCCCGCUGCCCUGCGGAGGCUUUGUGCAGCUAACCCUGAAGCCUUUGGAGUGCAGCGGGACCUCGCGCUGUGCUCCAAAGGCUUCAGGCGGCUAUCCCUGAAGCCUGGAGAGCGGGUGGGGUCGGUGCGCACCGACCCCUCUCGUUCUCCAAGCUUCAGUGAAAGCAACGCGUAGCCUCCGGAGCAUGGAGGGAGUGCUCCCUCUGCGCUUUGGAGGCUUCAUGUUGCUUUCGCUGAAGCCAAGGAGUCUGCAUUCGCUCCAUAGGAUGCACAAACAGUUCCCCUUCAUUUUUGGAGGGGGAAAAGUGUGUCCUAUAGAACGAAAAAUACGGUAGGUCAACUACUGAAAGCCCAGAAAAAUAGUACAAUCUUUGUUGGGUUCCUGAAAUAUGCAAUAAAGGUUGCAGGUGGGUCUUCUUGGGAAAUGUGUUCCAAAAUUGGAGUACAACCAGAGAAAACAUCAUCUUCCUGGGAUCACCUUGUGCAGGCAGAGGUGCCAAGAGAAUGGCUUCCAGUUAAGGUUAUAUUCAGAGGGCAGCAAGCAGUCUUUCUGAUAACCAGAGUAUUAACGACAGGAGUGGGGAACUAUUUUUCUAUUAAGGGCUGUUGACCUACAGAAAAAAGUCUAUGGUGGAGCACAUACCAGAGUGAAUUCUUGUAUUGCUAAGUGGGUUGUUUUACAGGUUCUUAAUUAUAUUAUACACAAUAGAUAGAUAGAUAGAUAGAUAGUACUGCCAAGGAAGAUGGUUCUGGGAUGUUACCCUCUUGAGAAGCUCUGGCUACUCAGGUUGGGAUCCAUUGCUUAACAGGAGCAAUAUAACCAUCCCUGCAGAGAGAAGCAGGUAAAAGCUGUUUGACACUGGAACGAACUCCCUCGGGAGGUUGUGGACUCUCCUUCCUUGGAGAUUUUUCAGCAGAGGUUGGAUUGCCAUAUGUCCUGGAUGCUUUAAUUGAGAUUCCUACAUUGCAAGGGGUUAAACUAGAUGACUCUUGGGGUCCCUUCCAAAUCUACAAUUCUAUGAGGACACCUGCUCCUUUCAAGGAAUGGAUGAAUGGAAAUAGAUAUUUCCAACAUUUUAUAAAGUAGGUGACCCCAGUCACUGGGCUCUGUGUGAGCAACUUGUUCCAGGUAAAAACUGGGUUAGCAUGCUUACUUUGAAGUAACUCCUCCCAAAUAUUGCUAGCGGGUGGGAGUGUCUUAUCUUUUAUGCUAUUCUCAGCACAGAGCAUUACCUCGGUGGUGAAGAGUCCAUAGAAAAGUUGGGAGGCUGAUGAAAUUAAGUAGGGGGCUGUAGGUUCCCUGCUUUUAGUUUGGGGCUUUGAAGGUUAAAACCAACACAUUGAGCUGCAUCUAGAAAUAAACUAGGAAUCGCUGGAGUUAAGAAGUAAUGUAAUAUUCUCACAGUGCCAAGCUCCUGUCAGCAGCUUUACUGCUGUCUUCCAAACCAGCUGAAGUUUUUAAUCACUUUUCAAAGGCAACCCCAAAUAUAACACAGUACUUGAUUCAAAAGUCACACACUUCUGUAGGAAAAAAUAUGUCCAAACUUCCAGUCAGGACUCCACUACCACUUCCUGAGGCAAGAAAUUAAUCCUUGGUGUCUUUGCACCUUGUUCUGCCUGCAAUAAAGUCUCCUUGGGAAAUGGGUAUAUUCUGUAAAUAAAUCCUUACUCUGUCUAAAUCCUUUUUAUCCCAAUUACAGGCAUUUAGAAUAAUAAUAUAUUCAUCAUUACCUCCCCAGUUUGGGAGUGAGUCAUUUUGUGUCCCUGCUGUUUUUCUUGGAUGUAGUAGGCAUUUCCCAGGUUUCCUCUGGGGAUCUGUAGAUCUCUUUGGCCUCUUUCAACAAGCACAGAAAGUACCAUCCAAAAUUGGAUGCCCAUUUAAAUAAUUUCAUCAUUCUUUUGCGGGCCUGCAAUUGGAACACAACUUAAAUUCUUUAACAAAUCAGAUAGAACAACAAUUCAAUAAAUUUUAUAUUGUUCCUGGGUAAUUACCCAGCAUUUGUUAAAAUCAUUGAAUACUUUUGAAUUUAGAAACAGACAUUGAUUCAGAUUUCAGUGUAGACAGACUUAUGAAAGUAUAUGAAUUGGCUUUACCUUGAUUUUUCAUUUUAUCAGCAUUUCAUUUUGUAUUCAGUUUACUGACUUUAAAUACAUAUGUGAAUAGAAUUGAACUGAUUUUGUGUUGGUUCUUUGCUUUGUGUAUGCAAUUUCAGCUAUUCCUCUUCCGCCCUGCUCUGUUUAUAGUUUUGGAUCAUUGUUUUUUCUUCUUUCCCAUUUGUUCUCUAGUAAUUAGACACGACUGAUUUCCCUCCUGCCACUUGCUCCCCAAGGGAAGCAGCAGCAAAGAGAGAGCUGUGCUGGGCAUUAUUACGACAAGCUGCAUAUAUAACUCUUUCGUUCUCUUUUAUAUUAAGGACAGAGACCUGUACUCAGGUCUAAAAAGUUAUUUGUCCAUUUGCUAUAAAUUCAGCAGCUUUGUAUGUAUUGUGCAUAUUGUGGAGGAAAAUUGGAAUUUUCCUUUAUGGAAUUUAUUUUGCAAUUUGUGAGAGCUCUGUGCAGGAAGGCAACAGAGGAGAGGAAGCUGGUGGUGAGAAUUGACAGAAGAGGAAUAUGACUUAAGUUCAGUUACAGGGACUUAGGCUGGGAUUCAGUAAGGGAUGAAGUAUUGGAAAAGGGAAAGACCAACAUCACUACUGUAGCUUGCAAAGCAAAGUGUGGCAGAAGGUGAGAGCUGCAAAACUGGCAAUGCCAACCCUAGGAAGAGAGGAUAGUGUGUGGCAUAAUCCUAGGGGUGACCACCAAAAAACUGAGGAUUGUAUACAACUGGAUAAACUGGAUGUGAGACUCUUUGGAGGAUGAAUUAUGUGGCCAGUGCUUUAUUCUGGUUCCCACAGAAUCAUGGGGCUUCCUUGCUUUUUAAGGACAAAGGAAAACAGAGACAUGCAGUACACAGGGAUUUCCUUCAUCACCCAUCCCCACCAGCACCUGGUAGCUUUGGGAUCUUGUAGCUCUAACACUAAAAGGGCGAUGGUGUGAUCCUAACAAGAGAAGCCACCUUCAGGACAGCCAUGUUUUCAUUGCAUAGUACUAAUGGCAUUGCUGCCUUCUGAGUUCCACAAGAGGUCAAUAUUUGUAGCAUUGCACUGUGGAAAUUGAAACAUUUGUGAGGCAAUAAAUUGAUGGCCAGUUAGAGCCCUUUCUAGAAUAUGUGCUACUUUUUGAUUGAAGAAACAUUUUGAAUCUUAAAAACAAAAUCUGUUAACUGAACUGCUUCACCAGCAGGUGGCACACACCUGCUUUUUGUUAUUAAAAUAAUGAAAUACGAUUAAACUUCUGGCAGUAUUUUUGUGAGCGCUGUGACCUUUUGUAGUUCAUGCAUUAAAAAAAUAAAAGCAUCUGUGUCAUCAGAGUUUUAAUUUUCAGAACCCCUCUGUAACAGCUUAGCUCAUUGGAUCAAACUGACUUUUGUUACCUGAUAUCAGGACCUAUUGAUAACAUCAUUUUAAAGACUGUUUGGUUAAAGGCCAAAAUAAAUGACCUGUAAAAUCGGGCUAAUAGCUGAGAGGGCAUAUUUAAAUUGGGGAAACGGUGCAAGGAAAGGGUUGAACCUCCCCCUCCCUCCAACCUCAGGAUCAUAUUGCAGUUGUCCCCCCACCUCCACCCCCAUAUCAUUUCUAAAUAAAUUAGAGAUUGCUUACAUCUCCCAUCUUUCAAUGUCUCAUCUACAUAGGCUCUCAAAUUAUAAUUUUGUAGCAUGUCAAAACAAAUAUUGUACUGGAAUUAUAAUUAGAUCAGAAUAUUGACUGUAAAACCUAAGCUUGUUUCUAUUAAAAAAGUAUUAAGAAUAUAAAGAGCCCUGCUGGAUCAAACCAAGGAUGCAACUGCUUCCAAUAGUGCCCCCCCUAUGCUCCCAAAGGGGCCCUCAAGCAUGAAGGUAUUAGGCUUCCUCUAUUCUUAGUCCUCAGCUUCUUGAACUCAAAGCUAUGCUGCCUCAAAAUCGAGGCCUCUGAAUAUGUUUAACUAUCCUGGCAUAUGAAACAAUUAACAAUUAAUUUCAAUAACUAUUUAAAGAAUAUUUAAUUUCAGUAACAUGCCAAAUAUUAAGCAAUUGUCAGAAGAUCAAAGCACCUGCAGAAUGAGUGCACAGAUAGAUGUAAACAGUAAAUAAGACUUAGCAAAGUCUUCAAAAGUGGAAGCAGUAAUAUGAAACAGAGAAAGUGCUGAUAUGCAUAAAUGUAGUUCCAUUAACCUCAGCCAACAUGGGGACAGCAUAAGUGAUCUUCAGAACUUUCCCCCCUCCAUCCCCCAAAUAAUCCAUGCCAAGGGUUUCCAUAUGCGCGCACUCCCUCUGCGCUAUACACACACAACACACACACACGUGUGUGUGUGUGUGUGUGUGUGUGUGUGUGUUGAACUGAUGGGAAUUGUGGUUCAGAGGGCCAAGGUUUCCUCACAUUAGUUCUAUGAUUUCCUCAGUUAGCCGUUGCAGCAGUUCAGAAUAGCAACUUUUUAUGAUCAGAUAAGCACUUUCUCUCUGUUUUGGACUUGGGUAAAUCCUUCAGUUCAUGCCUGUCUUGGCCCCCAUCUGGUUAAGUACCUAUAGAAUGUGGGAGAAGAAAACUCAGUAGCCUCUGCAAUUCCUAUCACUGCUCUCCCUUGCAGGACACAGUACUUGCAUAAUUCCUGUGCUGUGUUUGUUUUUUGUUGGUCCAUCUCUUAACAUUUCACUACACAUUAUACAUCCUUCACUGACACUCUCCUCCCACCAGAAAACCUCUCUAUUAUCUCCAUGUGUCUGGGUUGCCCUCCUAUGCCCUUCUGAAUUUCAUAGAAAGUGUAAAUUCUCCUGCUUCCACCUAAGGCUCACUUUGCACAUACAAGUUUUUCUGCUGUACCCUACACCCUUGAAUACCAGCUUCUAAUGAUUUUGCUUAAUGAAAUUAAGGCAGCCACAUCUGCCUUGAAUAGCAAGCUAUGUUAUUUCCUGCCAUGUGGAAGACAAAAAAUAAAAAAUAAACCAAUGUUUGUCUUUGUAUUCAUGCAGGUCUCAUUAGGUGGUGUUGAUCUGACAGUGCGGGUUCUCACAACAGGCUACUGGCCUACUCAGUCGGCCACACCAAAGUGCAACAUUCCCCCAGCCCCCAGACAUGCUUUUGAAAUAUUUAGGAGGUAAGGAAUGGUUAAGAUUAUUUGUGUGAAUGGUUAGUGGAAUGAUGUGUUUUUUAAAAAAGAAAGAAGAUACAGCUAAUGGCCAGAUAAUCUGCAUGCAUUAAAUGCUUCUUUAUAUGCAUGCAGUUGAAGCUUGCUUGCCAUGUUAUCAGUCACAAAAUAGUAAUCUUCUAUAUUGAUAUAGCAGAAGCUCUUGCUUCCAUAGUUAAAAGUAUAGAUGAUCAAAUGGCCAUUCAACCUCUUGAAUUUUGUAGAUUUUAUUUAGCCAAACAUAGUGGAAGGCAGCUGACACUCCAGCAUCAUAUGGGCUCUGCAGAUCUCAAUGCCACCUUCUAUGGUCCUGUUAAAAAGGUAAGUGCUGGGUCUGUAAACAUAUUAUUGCUUUGAAUUGUGCCUUCAGCUCUUGUGAACUUAGAAAUAAAAUUCAGUUCCACAUACAUUUCAGUCUUUCAUAUAUAAGCUCAUGUUAACAAUACUUACCACUUUUAAUAUAUAUAGUCAGCUGUGUGUAUGUGUGUGUAUGUGUGUGUGUGUACACACACACACACACACCGUCUAGCACUGCAAAUUUCCCAGAAUAGCCCUCUCUGAAAAUAUAUAUAUUUUCAUCUUUCUGGCAGGUUUCCUUUGCUUCUGGCUCUCAGUGGAAUUAUAGUUCACUUUGAGAAGCUGUGGGGUAUCAGAAGCUGUGGUUGUCAUAAUGUGUAAAGUUUGACAUUAAAAAACUUACCCAAUUUACGUAUGCUAAGAAACUGCACAAUCUUGACUCAGUUUUGUGAAAGCCUAUUUGUCAGAUGCUAUGGUGACUUGGAUCUUCAGCUGGCUUAUUACAAAGCAAACAGCCGUAUAAGCUGUUUUGCUUUUUAAUGGCAAAACUAAUUAUAUAAACUGGGAUAAAAUGGAAUGGGUAUCUCAAAAUGAAAAUCUUUGUUUUGUAUUUACAAGUAGAUGAGUCAGAUCAUGACUUAUACCUGAUAGUAAGUACAUAGAAAGCUGAAAGAAGGAGCAUAACAUAAUGUUCCGAGAAUGAUUUUUGACUUUUUUGAAAAUUAAAACAGGAAGAUGGCUCAGAGGUUGGUGUAGGAGGCGCCCAAGUAACUGGCUCUAACACACGGAAGCACAUAUUGCAAGUCUCCACUUUCCAGAUGACGAUACUAAUGCUCUUUAACAACAGAGAAAAAUACACUUUUGAGGUAUGAGCUGUGACUUUCUCUGCUAGCUGUAAAAUUUUUAACUUAUCUCCCAAAUAUGCAUUCAUCUUCCUCUACCGUAUGGAGAAGAGGGAUUAUUCAUCCCUUUGAGCCAUUUGUACAGGAAGUUCUUGAACUAUUGGUAUAUGAGGCUGCUAACACUUUUACAGUAUUUUGGAAUCUUAUUGGUCCUCAUCCAGGAAUACCCUCACUUGUUAGUGAAAGUCUGAGAUUGUAUCAUUCAUUAUAUACUUAUAUACUUAAAUACUUCUUGGGUUCAGCUCUAAAAAUAAUUUAUGUUUCAAAGCCCUGUGAUUCAAGGAAGAUUUUAAAAUUCCUUUGAAUUGUGUUGGGUGAAAUUCAAGUGUUGGAAGCCGAAAUAUAUUUAUUUACAGUAUUUACUGAUAGUAAUCACAUCUUUUUCAUGGUGUGUAUUUUUCCUAAUGGAUACUCAUUUUUUACUUGCCAUGUAAUGAUGUGGAAAACAAAUCCUUAGUUACCAUCUUGCCACCAUGUGUGUGUGACAGUAGUACUUAAGUGAAAGUACUCUUUAAGUGUCACCACACAAGGUGAAUUGAUACAUUGUGAAAUUAAACAAAAUCAAGCAGCCUGAAUGUUAACAGUUUGUGGACAGGAAGUCUAGUUGCUACUUCCCCUUAAAACUAUAUUUAAAUCAAAGGAAAUGCAAUCCUGUAAUCAAGCAAUUACCAUUCUUUUCUAGUUUGAUGUUUUAAUAUAUUUUGUAAAAAAUCUUGUUCUUAUAUAGACACUAAUUGCUGAGCACCAUGUUCAAGUGACAAGAGUAUUUCCUGGACGGGAACGCUUAAGUCUGCAGGUGCAGGAAUUGCAUUUUUGAAUGCUCCCCCCACAUUUAAAAAGAAAAAUCCUUACAUGUAGAAAAUGAGGGAAUCUGGGAAGGGUUUCUAGCAGCCUUCUUUCAGUGCUUCUUUAUAGUAAGGAAGCCUUUUACAAGGAACUCUCACUACUUCCUAUCUCCUACCUGGAGUCUGAAGUGGUAUAGUUCAGAGGGACUCUUCAGCACACCUGUGCCAAGAGGGAAGGGCCAUGGCUCAGUGGUAGAACACAUUCCUUUAAUGCAAAAGGUCCCAGGUUCAAUACCCAGUAUCUCCAGGCAGGGCUGGGAGUGACCUUUGUCCGGAACCAUAGAGAGCCACUGUCAGUUAGAAUAGACAGUACUAAGCUAGAUGGACCACUAGUUUCACUUGGUAUAUGUAAAAUUUCCUAUACUCCUAUAUGCUGAACAUAUAGAUCAUCCUACUCCUCUACAGAUUUGUGAACAAGGUGUCCUGUGCUACAGUAACUUGCACAGUUGAAGUUUAUAUAGAUUACUGUAUUAAGUGAUAAAAUUAAGUGCUGAAACACAAUGCUGUCAACUUUUAGUUUAGAGUAACUUUCAUUUUUUUCUGUAAAUAGCCUUUUCAGCUAUGAAUUAUCUAUAGAUUUACUGCCAGAUGUUUUCUGAAUUUGUCAAAAUAACCAUUGAUAGUCUUGAACUAGUUUGAUUAGAGGGGGAAGACAUCUUCAAAACUGUUCUGAAUUUUGUUUUCUUCAUAACUACCUUUUGCCAUCAUAAUAAUAAUAAUAACUUUAUUAUUUAUACCCCACCCAUCUGGCUGUUAAAUUUAAUGUAGGAAAUACAACAAGAGACUGAUAUCCCCGAAAGAGAGCUUGUACGAGCGCUACAGUCCCUUGCGUGUGGAAAGCCAACACAACGGGUUCUCACAAAAGAGCCGAAAUCAAAAGAAAUAGAAAAUGGACACAUAUUUACAGUGAAUGACCAGUUCACAUCCAAACUGCACAGAGUCAAGAUUCAAACAGGUAUGCUCACUUUCAUUUUCAGCUACCACAUCUAGAAUCUGUCCAACUCCUGAAUUUACAAUAUUGGAAUCAUACAUUCUAGUAUGGAAACUAAACUGGUCACCCAUUCUUAUGGGUGCCUUCAAAGAACUAAUAUAUUCUUGAACCAAUGCUUGCCUCAGUGCAAGCUGGAUAGGAUUCUGUUAUGUAUCUUCUAUUUGUGAUCCUUUCCAUGUCAUGUACUGUGGAUAAUAUAAAUAUUCAUAAAGCCAUAGCCUUAUAGUUCCAGGUGGGUGUUUAACUUAAUAAACCAGGCAUAUAUUUUGUGAGCUUUAUGCUUGCGCAUCCUUAAAGCCUUCAUUUACUUCAGACAUGAGAGCCCUUCUGUAUCAGCCAAAAGACCCAUCUGGUCCGGCAUCCUGUUUUUACAAUAGCCAACCAGAUGCCUAUAGGAAGGCCGCAAGCAGGACCUGAAUGCAACAGCACUCUCUCUGCUUGUAAUUCCCAGCAACUGGUAUUCCAAGGCAUACUGCCUCCGACAGUGGAGGGAGAACAUAAACCAUCAUAGCUAAUAAUCCUUAGUAGCCUUUUCCUUUCUUCUUGACUAGUAUAUGGGGACACGGGUGGCGCUGUGGGUUAAAGCACAGAGCCUAGGACUUGCAGAUCAGAAGGUCGGCGGUUUGAAUCCCCGCAAUGACGGGGUGAGCUCCCGUUGCUCGGUCCCUGCUCCUGCCAACCUAGCAGUUCAAAAGCACGUCAAAGUCCAAGUAGAUAACUAGGUACCGCUCCGGCGGGAAGGUAAAUGGCGUUUCCGUGCGCUGCUCUGGUUCGCCAGGAGCGGCUUAGUCAUGCUGGCCACAUGACCUGGAAGCUGUACUCCGGCUCCCUCAGCCAAUAAAGCGAGAUGAGAGCUGCAACCCCAGAGUCAGUCACGACUGGACCUAAUGGUCAGGGGUCUCUUUACCUUUACCUGACUAGUAUAUAGUUAAACUGAUUACCAGUGAUACUCAGGAUACUCAUACAAAAUGAAAAUGGAGAUGGAUCCAAAUUGGAAGGGAAAUGGAAACCUAAAAUGAAGAAGUAGGCUAAAGAUCCACUGACAGCAGCUACAGAUGUAGGGAUAUGCAGAUAGAAAAAUCAUGUUAUGACAGACAAUGCUACCCUUUUAGACUUUGUGAACUACUUAUGCUAGGAAAGCUUCAUGAUUAUAGCAAAUGCAAAGACCCAGUUCUCUUACUGUCUCAGUAGAAACUGGCACUUCAACAAAGCAAGCUAAACUAGCCCCAGAGGUUGUAUUACAUAACUUAUUUCCAUGUGUGACUGAAUAUAUGAAACCCAGUGUUAUCCAGAAUUGCAAUUUAACAAAUGUGAAGGAACCUUUUAAAUGCAUUCAGUUGUGGUCUAAAAAUAUCAAAUCCCUCAAGAAGCAUUUGACCUAUUUUAAAACUUGUUGCUGUAACGAAUAAUCAUUUAUUAAUCUUAAAUAUGUUCCAAUUUUGCACUUUGGUUGGUUGUUCUUUUGCAUCAGGUAUUUCAAGUAUUUAUUGACACUGCUAAAGAAAAAUAUUUUGACUUUAGUAUCUUUAGAAUUAAAUAGCUACAGUAUUUCUAAAUUGAGAUAUUUCUUCUAUUCUUUCAGUUGCUGCCAAACAAGGAGAAUCGGACCCAGAAAGAAAAGAAACAAGACAGAAAGUAGAUGAUGACAGAAAACAUGAGAUAGAGGCUGCUAUAGUCCGGAUAAUGAAAUCUAGGAAGAAGAUGCAGCAUAAUGUUCUAGUAGCAGAGGUAAUCUCACUCACUGAAUGGGGUUAGUCAAGGGUGGAUGUGGCCUGUAGACCAAAAGGGUUAGCCACCUCUGUUGUAGAGCAGUGUCAACUGUGUAAUAAAAAUAAAUUGCUGCUGAACUCUUGAGGCUACUAACUACAUCUUUUGGUACAGAUGAUUGGUUGCUUUAUAGAAUGUUGAUUAAUAUGCAGUAGCCUUUUGUGAAACACAGCUAACUGAGGUGGCACAAGUUCCCUCUUGUUUUAAAGUCAGUGUUAAGUCUAGUGUGUGCAUUCUUGCUGUGUCAGUAUCAUUAACAAUAUUAAAAUAAUUUUUAUUAUAUUCCAGGUAACCCAACAACUGAAGGCACGAUUCCUACCAAGUCCAGUUGUUAUUAAAAAGCGUAUUGAAGGACUUAUUGAGCGUGAAUAUUUGGCACGAACACCUGAGGACCGCAAAGUAUACACUUACGUAGCAUAAAAUGUGUUCCGCAAAUAUGAUUUAUUCUUGGACUAUACUCUUCGCAUGAACUGGGAAGUUCUUUUAAAUCAUUAAAUAUUAAGACGACCAUCUCUUCUAUUAAAUUACAAUACAUGUUCUAGAUCAUUCAGAUCAAGCCUUUUCUCCUUCGGAGAGUUUUUCAACAUCAAAAUGAUUGAGCUUCAAGCUUCUCAGCGUUUAUCCCAGUAGAAAUCAUCCUUACAGUUCCUCGGGAAAAUGUGAAUGUGCCGCGUUUUGUUUUCAAUACUGUAUGAAAACAGGAAAAAAAUAAAAUAAAAACAAAUUUAGAAAAUACAGCUCAUUAAAAAAUAAAAUUGUUGGAAUUUCAUUUCCCUGGAUCUUCAGUGUUGAUGUAAAUGUGUUUUCUGUAGUGUUGCUUAGCACUUUGCGCAUUGUAUAUGUUGGGUUACAAGAAAAACACAGCUGGUAAGACUGAAUUUCCAAAAAUACUGCUCUGCUUUGGACAUUUCUUUAAAGAGCCAUGUUUAAUUUAAAUAUUUGGUGAAUUUAUAAAGACCUGAGAACACAGUUUUGGCAUGCUUUACUUCUCCACCUGCAUUCAUUCAUGUUCCAGCUAAUAUGAUCAGGAACCUUUUUUCUGGGCACAGUUAUGGGCUGUAAUAUUUGGCCUUCCCUUUUGUAAUUUGAGUUCUUCCAAAUUAAGUUACAUACUGAUUAGGUUUGAUCUGGUUCCUUUAUAGGAGAAAUGGGAAGAAAUUUAGUGUGUAUAAACUGUAUGAUACUUUUUGCUGUUGUACUCACUGCUCAUAGUGGAUUGUACAGAGCGAUGUUUUUAUUUCACUCAAUGUAGACAAAACAAAUUUAAAAUAAAUGGAUUUAGUGUACAAGGAGCACUAAUUCAAGUGUAUUUAGAGCACAGGGAUGGCAAUUUAUUAAACUAAAUAUUGCCCCUUGGAGAAGCACAUUAGCCUGCACUCUAUUCACGAAGUAGAGAGGGGGUUAUGGCUUUUGAUUUCCCACUUUUCAGAAGGUUCAAGUGAAGCCAUUGUGCACUAUUAAUUUACUGUUUUAAAAUGCAAUCUAAAAAUGCAAUAAAUAUUGUUACUUUGAUCUUAAUGAAAUCUCCAGUUCUUACAGCAAGUAUUUUCUCCCUCUCCUCAGGGUGGUUCAGCAUAACAUUUGCUCCAGUGCUUUCAAAACCAGGGUAUUUCUUAGAGGAUGUUCGUAAAUGUUAACUUUAUGUAGUCCCUGUACCAUAUAACAUACAUCUUUUGCAUCAAAUAACUAUCUUCUUUAGAGAUCACCCUCAAGUUGCCACUGGUGAAUUAAAUCUAGCUUUAUUUCAUGCAUAGUAAUAGAUAACCUCUCAGAUGUUACAGCUCUGAUUGUUUUCUCUGUAACAUUGUGAACUUAAAAAACAAAACCAGUGCAGCAUGAAAAAAGUUGAAGUUUUUUGGUGGGGAGAUGCAAAUUCCCUGCCUGUUAUGUGUUGGUCCCUUGUAAAGGGGUCUGUAUUUGAGCAAUAUUCACCUAGCAAUCCAUGUUGGUCUCUGUCAGGGUGAACUGUACAGCUAGUGCGAGUGAGAAGGGAAAACUUCCAAGAACUCAGUUGAGCAUUUUGCUGUAGUAUAUUUGUAUGCUUACUUGAAUAUAUAACAAAUACCGUUUUUGUAGAAUAGCUGCUACUUAGCAGGUGUUUAGCACAUCUGCAAUGUUUCUCCUAUAUUGUCAGUUAUCCUUAUGAUGAUGUAGUAAAGUAAGUCAAAAGAAUGAUGGGAAAGAGAAAUUGAAAGGGGGGAUUGUAGAGGGGGAAAUCUGAAAGGCAAAGGUAAAGGGUAAAGGGACCCCUGACCAUUAGCUGAUAAAUAAAAGUGGUUCUGUGACACAAGCUGUUUGAAGCAAACACAGAUAAAAUGCAUAGGCUUCAGCAGCAACGAACUGAAUAUAUUUAUACCUUCCCAAGAUUUCCCAUCCAAUCUUUUAAAAGUACCGGUAACUUAAGAUUGCAACCUAUACUUACUUGAACAUGAAGAUGAGUGCUCUUAAUAUUUCUCAUUGUUUCUUAUUGAAGCUACUACUGUUUGCUGAUCAUGUUCACUACAUGAAUUAGGCAAGUUUGCUUUAACAUUCCUUUUUUGUAGUAUUGUUAGCAUGCCAUUUCCUUGCAUUCAAUUCUUUUCAUAAGCUUGAAGGGCAUGGAUUUGCUAGGGAAUUUAUAACAAAGUCGGCAACAAGCAUGCUAAUUUAAUUAGCUGUAAAUUUAAGAACUGUAUCUGGCAGACUUCUCAUUGUGACUGAAGUUUAGCUGCUGCAAGAUAAACUUUACUUUUCUCUAUAAAGCCACAUCCUGUCUGCCCUAUCUUUCAGUAGCCAUUUGCUGAUAGGAAGGAAGCAGUGUUGUCUUAUUGCACUGUUUCAGGCUCUAGGGCUGAUAAACAGCCAGUAAGAUGCCCCUUAAGGGACUGUUGUGUCCUAUUGAAUAAGGUAUUCACAAGAUACAAGAUACAUCUGCUCUGCAGGUGAGGACUGGGAUAUGGCUGCCUGCUGGUGCAAGCUGAUAAGUUUUCCCCUAUGCAAGUGUAUAAUGGGGACCUAUAAACGUGAUCCUGUGAUCUAGUGUCUGAAUGCAAAUAGGGCCAGAAGCUUAUACAUUUGAAAAAACAUUACCCACAAGCUAUUUGCCCUGCUGAGGAAAAUGUAUUGAGUUCAACCUCCCACCCUAGUAUGCUGUUUAAAAAGGUAUAUGUGGAAUGGGGAUCUGCUUCUAGAUUUCCUGCACACCAUCUAGUUUAACCUUUAGAUUGUUGCCAAUUUAUAUUAAAGCUGAAUAAUACUCUAUUGUGAACACUGUUUCUAGAGGUUUUGGGAGGUGGGUGAAGGAGUUUUUUUUUAAGUUUUCCUUGCUCAACCCAUUUGCUUUGACUCCUGUUUACAGUCUUGGCAGCAUUUGCAAAUCCUACUACUUCUUCCCCAUUAUUCUGUGUCAAUUAGGGCAGAAAGCAUUGUGUCCACUCCAGAUAUACUUCAUGAUGAUGCCACAUAGAAUCAUUCUAGAGUUGGAAGGGAUCUUGCGGGUCAUCUAGCCCAACCCCCUGCUGUGCAGGGAUCUCAACUAAAGCAUUCAUGAUAGAUGGCCAUCCAACCUCUGCUUAAAAACCUCCAAGGAAGGAGAAUCCACCUUCUGAGGGAGUCCGCUCUACUGUCAAACAGCUUUUACUGACAAAAAGUUCUUCUUGGUGUUUAGUCGGAAUCUCCCUUCUUGUAACUUGAAGCCGUUGGUUCAGGUUCUACCCUCCAAAGCAGGAGAAUACAAGCUUGCUCCAUCCUCCAUGUGACAGCCCUUUAGAUAUUUGAAGAUGCCUAUCAAAUAUCUACCAUUUCAGAUUUUACCAGUGUAGCAGAAGUGAGCGUUGUUACACCAUCACUGCUGCUAACAUGAGUAAGCAGUUCCAAUUAUAUGGGUGUGGGGAACAUUUGGCCCUCCAGAUAUUGCUGAAAUAUGGCUCUUAUCAACCCCAGCAAGCUUUACCAAUAAAUACGGCCAAUAGGAGCUGAAGUUCAGCAACAUCUGGAGGGCCAAAGUUUUCCCACACCUGCUAUUACAGGUGUUAACAAAGAAUUGCCAAAAGGUUGGGGGGGGGUCCUUCUUGCAUCAAGUAGACAAGUUGGGACAUGUUUUGACUCAGCCUCUGUGAACAUGUUUAUUUUCUAUCAUUAGACAAUGCUAUAGUGCUGUUUGCUAGCACAGAGCCAGCAAAGGGUAUCCACUAUCUCUCAGGAGGCAUAGACAGCCAUUCUGGAUAGAACUACAAAAAACAGACCCUCAAAUCUAUAAUGUGUUGAGACAAAGUUUUUCAGUCCUGUUAAGAUCAAAUUACACUUCCUAAAAGCAAACUCUUAACCAUAUGAAAGAACCUUCCUUGAAAAAGGAUCCCUCUUCAGCAUGGGAGGAAAAUCGUUAAAAUCACAUUUGUUUGAAUCCAGCACAGUAAAUAUGAAAACUGCAAAUACUGUAAAGAUGCCUACAUAAAGUUCUGAUUGUGUUAAUGUGCAACUUUAGAGUAAAUUAAUGCAGCUUGUUUUCUGUACUUGGUGUUUUUGUCAUGCUUACUGUAAACCUUAUUCUGCUUUGUUUCUGAGCUCCAUACAGCUUUUCCCUUAAAAUGGUUGCUGCACUUUUAUAUUAUUAAAGCAGUGAUUGACAUGUUCUGCUU